AUGAAAGAAAGGCUGAAUCUGGUGCGCCAAGGGGGCGCGCUUAUCUUCGUUAGCACGCUGCGCUGCAUACCCAGCCAGGAGGGUUGGGACACGCUAGCAAGUGGGAUGCAUAGCUGGGGGUUCGCCACGACCUCCUAGAACAGAGUUAGAGACCACUCUUUCACACACACAGACACACUCACGCACACAACUGCUUCAGGACUUGCUGACAACAACCCGAGGGAUAAUUAUCAAUGUUUCACACUCGAAAAUGUUGAUAUUACACAUCGCAUCACUUUUGAGUAAGUAUUGUUUUUACAUGGAACUGUUUCGUUUUAUAGUGAAUUUCCUACUGCGCAUGUAGCUUUUCUCAAUGCCUUUUGAGGAGUAGCAUAAAGCCAAGUAUUGACUUAAGAGGAAAAGAAAAACCUAAAGAGAUCCAAUAGAGGAUUUUAUUUUCGGUUGCCAACAAAGUUUCAUUCCAGUGUUACUUUUCACUCUCACUUAUCCAGGACCAUGGGGACAUUUAAUGAGGAACAUAUGUAAGCCAUUAUUUAAAAUGUGUUCAACAGCUUAUACAUGUCAGAUGCUUCAGUCCACUAUGCUUGUCUAAAUAUGUUUUGGGCACAUUAUUUUCAACUAGCUAUCGUUUACAGAAGCUGUUUUGUACAGUCAAUAACUGUUUCCCACAGUCGAUGUUAUUCCCAAACAUAACAGCCUGUUUUCAUAAACAGUCCCCCCACAGGGAUCGAUUGGAAAGCGAGUCCAUGUGAUUUCAAUUAAAUUAACCAGAGAUAAGCCUAUCUUGUGACCGUUAUGUUUUUAUACACUCCCGGGUGGCGCAGUGGUCUAAGGCACUGCAUCUCAGUGCUUGAGGCGUCACUACAGACUCCCUGGUUCGAUUCCAGGCUGUAUCACAACCGGCCAUGAUUGAGAGUCCCAUAGGGCGGCGCACAAUUGGCCCAGAGUCGUCCGGGUUUGGCCUGGGUAGGCGUCAUUAUAAAUAAGAAUUUGUUCUUAACUGACUUGCCUAGUUAAAUAAAGGUUAAAAAAAAACAAUACAAAUACCCAGUGAUGAAUUAGACUAAAGGGAGACUGUGAUAGCAAUGGAGAGACACGCCUCAUAAGUCGAAAAUGUUUGUACAGAUUUUUAACUGUGGGAUAACGAUUAGUUCUAUUGCAUAAUACUUGCAUGGGGAGUUAUAUUCCAGACAUGUUUUGCGCGCCCGUGUGCCAUGAUACCCUAAACUCACCGCUGUUUCUGUCCCGCAGCCCUUGGGUGGCGCUCCUUUGCACAGCUGCCGGAGUUUGGGGAUGUGUGCACUGAGGGGAGCUGCUACCCCGCCACCGGGGACCUUCUGAUCGGCCGCGCGCACCAGCUCACCGCCUCUUCCACUUGCGGCAUUGAGAAGCCUGAGCGCUUUUGCAUCGUUGGUCACCUGGAGGUAAGACACCUCACACCUGGGGCACAGAUAGGUGCACUACACCUAGACAGGGCCGGCUGUGGGCAUAAGCGAGAUAAGCGGUCACUUAGGGCUCCCAGCCGCUAGGGGCCCCGACAUAAGCAGUGUCUUAUUUAUGAACGCAGUCGGGGUCUCAAUAGCUUUGUAAGGGUUGUAGAGUUGUAUGGUUGUUUAAGGUUCCAAAAAUAUGUCAUUUUCUUAACCCAUCUAGUGACCAUCUGACCACUUUUUUAUUAACCGAGUCACUGGUAUUCAUCCCCUUUGCCGUUUUUCCUAUUUUGUUGCAUUACAACCUGUAAUUUAAAUGGAUUUUUAUUUGGAUUUCAUGUAAUGGACAUACACAAAAUAGUCCAAAUUGGUGAAGUAAAAUGGAAAAAAAUGGGGAAAUAAAUACAGGAAAAGUGGUGAGUACAUAUGUAUUCACCCCCUUUGCUAUGAAGCCCCUAAAUAAGAUCUGGUGCAACCAAUUACCUUCAGAAGUCACAUAAUUAGUUAAAUAGAGUCCACCUGUGUGCAAUCUAAGUGUGACAUGAUCUGUCACAUGUAUAUAAACACCUGUUCUGAAAGGCCCCAGAGUCUGCAACACCACUAAGCAAGGGGCACCACCAAGCAAGCGGCACCAUGAAGACCAAGGAGCUCUUCAAACAGGUCAGGGGACAAAGUUGUGGAGAAGUACAGAUCAGUGAUGGGUUAUAAAAAAAAAUCAGAAACUUUGAACAUCCCACGGAGCACCAUUAAAUCCAUUAUUAAAAAAUGGAAAGAAUAUGGCACCACAACAAACCUGCCAAGAGAGGGCCGCCCACCAAAACUCACGGACCAGGCAAGGAGGGAAUUAAUCAGAGAGGCAACAAAGAUAACCAUGAAGGAGCUGCAAGAGAUUGGAGUAUCUGUCCAUAGGACCACUUUAAGCUGUACACUCCACAGAGCUGGGCUUUACAGAAGAGUGGCCAGAAAAAAGCCAUUGCUUAAAGAAAAAAAUAAGCAAACACGUUUGGUGUUUGCCAAAAGGCAUGUGGGAGACUCCCCAAACAUAUGGAAGAAGGUACUCUGGACAGAUGAGACUAAAAUUGAGCUUUUUGGCCAUCAAGGAAAACACUAUGUCUGGCACAAACCCAACACCUCUCAUCACCCCGAGAACACCAUCCCCAAAUCAAAUCAAAUCAAAUGUUAUUGGCCACAUGCGCCGAAUACAAUAGGUGCAGACAUUACAGUGAAAUGCUUACUUACAGCCCUUAACCAACAGUGCAUUUAUUUUUAAUAAAAAAGUAAAAUAAAACAACAACAAAAAAGUGUUGAGAAAAAAAGAGCAGAAGUAAAAUAAAAUAACAGUAGGGAGGCUAUAUAUACAGGGGGUUACCGGUGCAGAGUCAAUGUGCGGGGGCACCGGCUAGUUGAGGUAGUUGAAGUAAUAUGUACAUGUGGGUAGAGUUAAAUGACUAUGCAUAAAUAAUUAACAGAGUAGCAGCAGCGUAAAAAGAUGGGGUGGGGGUGGGUGGGGGGGGGCAGUGCAAAUAGUCCGGGUAGCCAUGUUUAGCUGUUCAGGAGUCUUAUGGCUUGGGGGUAGAAGCUGUUGAGAAGUCUUUUGGACCUAGACUUGGCACUCCGGUACCGCUUGCCGUGCGGUAGCAGAGAGAACAGUCUAUGACUAGGGUGGCUGGAGUCUUUGACAAUAUUGAGGGCCUUCCUCUGACACCGCCUGGUAUAGAGGUCCUGGAUGGCAGGAAGCUUGGCCCCAGUGAUGUACUGGGCCGUACGCACUACCCUCUGUAGUGCCUUGCGGUCGGAGGCCGAGCAGUUGCCAUACCAGGCGGUGAUGCAACCAGUCAGGAUGCGCUCGAUGGUGCAGCUGUAGAAUUUUUUGAGGAUCUGAGGACCCAUGCCAGAUCUUUUCAGUCUCCUGAGGGGGAAUAGGUUUUGUCGUGCCCUCUUCACGACUGUCUUGGUGUGUUUGGACCAUGAUAGUUCGUUGGUGAUGUGGACACCAAGGAACUUGAAGCUCUCAACCUGUUCCACUACAGCACCGUCGAUGAGAAUGGGGGCGUGCUCAGUCCUCUUUUUUUUCCUGUAGUCCACAAUCAUCUCCUUUGUCUUGGUCACGUUGAGGGAGAGGUUGUUAUCCUGGCACCACAAGGCCAGGUCUCUGACCUCCUCCCUAUAGGCUGUCUCAUCGUUGUCGGUGAUCAGGCCUACCACUGUUGUGUUGUCGGCAAACUUAAUGAUGGUGUUGGAGUCGUGCCUGGCCAUGCAGUCAUGGGUGAACAGGGAGUACAGGAGGGGACUGAGCACGCACCCCUGAGGGGCCACCGUGUUGAGGAUCAGUGUGGCAGAUGUGUUGUUACCUACCCUUACCACCUGGGGGCGGCCCGUCAGGAAGUCCAGGAUCCAGUUGCAGAGGUGUUUAGUCCCAGGAUCCUUAGCUUAGUGAUGAGCUUUGAGGGCACAAUGGUGUUGAAUGCUGAGCUGUAGUCAAUGAAUAGCAUUCUCACGUAGGUGUUCCUCUUGUCCAGGUGGGAAAGGGCAGUGUGGAAUGCAAUAGAGAUUGCAUCAUCUGUGGAUCUGUUGGGGCGGUAUGCAAAUUGGAGUGGGUCUAGGGUUUCUGGGAUAAUGGUGUUGAUGUCAGCCAUGACUAGCCUUUCAAAGCACUUCAUGGCUACAGAUGUCAGUGCUACGGGUCGGUAGUCAUUUAGGCAGGUUAUCUUAGUUUCCUUGGGCACGGGGUGGUCUGCUUGAAACAUGUUGGUAUUACAGACUCAGUCAGGGACAUGUUGAAAAUGUCAGUGAAGACACUUGCCAGCUGGUCAGCACAAGCUCGGAGUACACAUCCUGGUAAUCCAUCUGGCCCUGCAGCCUUGUGAAUGUUGACCUGCUUAAAAGUCUUACUCACAUUGGCUACGGAGAGCGUGAUCAUAUAGUCAUCCGGAACAGCUGGUGCUCUCAUGCAUGCUUCAGUGUUGCUUGCCUCGAAGCGAGCAUAGAAGUGGUUUAGCUCGUCUGGAAGUCUUGUGUCACUGGGCAGCUUGUGGCUGUGCUUCCCUUUGUAGUCUGUAAUAGUUUUCAAGCCCUGCCACAUCCGACGAGCGUCAGAGCCGGUGUAGUACGAUUCAAUCUUAGUCCUGUAUUGACUCUUUGCCUGUUUGAUGGUUCGUCAGAGGGCAUAGCGGGAUUUCUUAUAAGCGUCCGGGUUAGAGUCCCGCUCCUUGAAAGCGGCAGCUCUACCCUUUAGCUCAGUGCGGAUGUUGCCUGUAAUCCAUGGCUUCUGGUUGGGGUAGGUACGUACGGUCACUGUGGGGAUGAUAUCAUCGAUGCACUUAUUGAUGAAGCCAGUGACUGAUGUGGUGUACUCCUCAAUGCUAUCUGAAGAAUCCCGGAACAUGUUCCAGUCUGUGCUAGCAAAACAGUCCUGUAGCUUAGCAUCUGCGUCAUCUGACCACUUUUAUAUUAACCGAGUCACUGGUGCUUCCUGCUUUAGUUUUUGCUUAUAAGCAGGAAUCAGGAGGAUAGAGUUAUGGUCAGAUUUGCCAAAUGGAGAGCGAGGAAGAGCUUUGUAUGCGUCUCUGUGUAUGGAGUAAAGGUGGUCUAGAGUUUUUUUUCCUCUGGUUGCACAUUUAACAUGCUGGUAGAAAUGAGGUAGAACGGAUUUAAGUUUCCCUGCAUUAAAGUCCCUGGCCACUAGGAGCGCUGCCUCUGGAUGAGCGUUUUCCUGUUCACUUAUGGUCUUAUACAGCUCAUUCAGUGCAAUCUUAAUGCCAGCAUUGGUUUGUGGUGGAGACUUCCUUAGUAUUUGAUUUUGUGCACCAGCUGUUGUUUACAAAUAUACACAGACCGCCACCCCUUGUCUUACCGGAGUCAGUCGUUCUAUCCUGCCGAUGUAGCGUAUAGCCCGCUAGCUGUAUGUUGUCCAUGUCGUCGUUCAGCCACGACUCGGUGAAACAUAAGAUAUUACAGUUUUUAAUGUCCCGUUGGUAGGAUAACCGUAAUCUUAGGUCAUCCAAUUUAUUCUCAAAUGAUUGAACAUUGGCUAAUAGGAUUGAUGGAAGAGGCAGUUUACUCGCUCGCUGUCGGAUCCUUACAAGGCACCACGACCUACGUCCACGAUAUCUCCGUCUCUUUCUCAUGCGAAUGACGGGGAUUUGGGCCUUGUCGGGUGUCUGUAGGAUAUCCUUCGCGUCCAACUUGUUGAAUAAAAAGUAUUUGUCCAAUACGAGGUGAGUAAUCACUGUCCUGAUAUCCAGAAGCUCUUUUUGGUUAUAAGAGACGAUGGCAGAAACAUUAUGUACAGAAUAAAUUACAAAUAACGCGGAAAAACACACAUAAUAGUACAAUUGGUUAGAAGGCUGUAAAACGGCAGCCAUCUUCUCCGGCGCCAUUUCUAUGAAUUGACAGUGAAGCAUGGUGGUGGCAGCAUCAUGCUGUGGGGAUGUUUUUCAACGGCAGGGACUGGGAAACUGGUCAGAAUUGAAGGAAUGAUGGAUGGCGCUAAAUGCAGGGAAAUUCUUGAGGGAAACCUGUUUCAGUCUUCCAAAGAUUUGAGACUGGGACGGAGGUUUACCUUCCAGCAGGACAAUGACCCUAAGCAUACUGCUAAAGCAACACUUGAGUGGUUUAAGGGGAAACAUUUAAAUGUAUUGGAAUGGCCUGGUCAAAGCCCAGACCUCAAUCCAAUUGAGAAUCUGUGGUAUGACUUAAAGAUUGCUGUACACCAGUGGAACCCAUCCAACUUGAAGGAGCUGGAGUAGUUUUGCAUUGAAGAAUGGGCAAAAAUCACAGUGGGCCAAGCUUAUAGAGACAUACCCCAAGAGACUUGCAGCUGUAAUUGCUGCAAAAGGUGGCUCUACAAAGUAUUGACUUUGGGGGAGUGAAUAGUUAUGCACACUCAAGUUUUCUGUUUUUUUGUCUUAUUUCUUGUUUGUUAAAAAAAAUAUAUAUAUAUUUUGCAUCUUCAAAGUGGUAGGCAUGUUGUGCAAAUCAAAUGAUACAAACCCCCCAAAAAUCCAUUUUAAUUCCAAGUUGUAAGGCAACAAAAUAGGAAAAAUGCCAAGGGGGUGAAUAUUUUCGCAAGCCACUGUAACUACAGUGUUAUUUAUCCAUCCUCAGUUUUCUCCUAUUACAGCCAUUAAACUCUGUAACUGUUUUAAAGUCACCAUUGACCCCAUGGUGAAAUCCUUGAGCGGUCUCCAUCCUCUCUGGCAACUGAGUUAGGAAGGACGUCUGUAUCUUUGUAGUGACUGAGUGUAUUGAUACACCAUCCAAAGUGUAAUUAGUAACUUCACCAUGCUCAAAGGGAUAUUCAGUGUUCGCUUUUUUAUAUUUUUACCCAUCUACCAGUAGGUGCUCUUUUUUGCGGGGCAUUGGAAAACCUCCCUGGUCUUUGUGGUUGAAUCUGUAUUUGAAUUUCACUGCUCGACUGAGGGACCUUACAGAUAAUGAGGUAGUCAUUCAAAAAUCAUGUUAAACACUAUUAUUGCAAACAGAGUCCAUGCAACUUAUUAUGUGACUUGUUAAGCAAAUGUUUACUCCUGAACUUAUUUAGACUUGCCAUAACAAAGGGGUUGAUUACUUAUUGAUUUCAGACAUUUCAGCUUUUAAUUUUUCAUUCAUUUGUAAAAAUGUAUAAAAACAUAAUGUGAAAAGAGUCAAGGGGUGUGAAUACUUUCUGAAGGUAUAUAAGUUGUUUGUCAUAAAAUAUGGUGUCUCUAGCUCUAUCGAUCUUUGAGUAAUAAAAAAAAAGAAAACAGUUUUACUUUCAUCCCGGUUCUCCCCAAAUCAUGGGUGAUUUUACCGACCACGCAUGAAGGACCGUGCCCAAUUGAUUAUGUUAGUCACUCUCACAGAUAUCAUAUUAACAUGGCAAAAUGUGUAGAAUUUCUAGAAAUUAGCUUUAAAACUGCUAAAAUGUCUCCAAUCCAUGGCAAAAUGGGUAAAAUUGCAUGAAAUUUGUUAUAGGAUGUCACAUUAUUCUCUCUGCCCCCAUGGCAAAAUGUGUAGAAUUGCAGAAAACUUGAGUUUAAAACUGCAACAAUUUCUCUACGCCCCAUGGCAAAAUGUGUACUGCAGGAAAUUAACUUUAUUAAAACUUCAAUUUUUUCUCCACGCCGUCAAGAGGGGGGGCCAUUAAAAUGUUUUGCCCAAUUCUUGCUUAGGGGCCCCAAAAGGCCUUGCACCUAGAAGUAACACAUGGGGCACAGAUGGGUAUUAUACCCACCCUGGAGGCAAGCCCCAGGGGGUUCAGAUAGAUAAUGGGACACGAUAUGACCAUUAGAUUUGCAGCUAAUAGAGCUGGGCCACAUAUGAUCGAAACACUCACUGGUCCACUGUAGUUCAGUUGGUAGAGCAUGGCGCUUGCAACGCAAGGAUGAUGGGUUCGAUUCCCUGGAUAGGACCACCCAUACGUAAAACGUGUGCACGCAUGACUGUAAGUCACUUUGGAUAAAAGCAUCUGCUUAAUGGUUUUUAUUAUUAUUAUUAUUAUUAUUAUUAUUAUUAUUAUUAUUAUUAUUAUAUUACACCUGACCAGCAGGUAUAUGAUAUAACACUUCAUUGUGUUGCAAAAAAUAGUGUUGUAAUGUAAUGGUGUAGUACAGUACAGUGUAAUGUUUGAGCAAUUUGAGUGUAUGAGAGAGACUAUGGUAUUGUGCUGUGUGGGAGUCUUGGCAUUUCCCUCCACAAUAAGUACUGUGUGCCACACAAUCACCACCCUGUGUGCUUAUCAUGGGGUGGUGAGGAAGGGAGAGGGUGAUCGGGGGUAUUCCGUUAUUCCAGAAUCCCCUCGGGGGUGAACGGCUACAGAAUGUGUCCAUGUGAAGGGGGUGGUUAUCUACCAUUGGGCUGUGGGAUGAUUAACGAAACAUUGGAACAUUCUAGUCAUCAUAAUGAGGAGGAGAACGGGGGAUGAGGACAAGAGCCCCCCUGAGGGUCUAGUGCAAAGAAUUCUGGGAGCAGACUUUGCCUACAGGGGAGGGGGAGUUGGACCACUUAGCGGUUACAACUGGUCACAUUUCAACACAGUUAAAACUUGUGUGUGCAGAUAGAUUGGACAGCAACCGCUUGGAUGAAAUUAGAAGGUUGUGAAAGUCACACUGUGAGGUUGUGAAAUCUUCACUCACACACUUGUUGGGAAGAUACAGUGCAGAGAGUAGGGUGUGUGUGUGUGUGUGUGUGUGUGUGUAAGACUGAAUUCAGAAUCUGUGUGUGUACGCCAAACAUCUGGAGAGCAGACAAACCUUCUGCUGCUAAGAGGGGCAGUGAACCUAAAGGGUAGAAUAAACUAUGAUUUACACUACAGGAUAUACACACUCAGGCACAGACAGACACACACACACACACACACACACACACACACAGACGGUGAUGACAUACUGAGUGGUAGCGUAUGGACUCUUGCGCUAUAAUCAGAGGUGAAUGAUCAUGUUCUUCACAGUACUGAGACAUUCUCUCUCUCUCCUCCCUCUCUCUCUGUAGGAGGAGAAGAAGUGUUUUGUGUGUGACUCCAGGGAGAUGUAUGAUGAGAGGAUGAACCACACCACCAGCCACAGCAUCGAAAACUUGGUCACCACCUUCGCCCCCAACCGCCUCAAGACCUGGUGGCAGUCUGAGAAUGGUGAGAAUGUGUGAGUGGGUGUCUGUUUUUGGUUUUAGUAGUAAAACAAGGAACAUUCAGACAAGUGGGGACAUUUCGCCGGAAAAACACAAGGAAAAAGGCUAUUUUAGGCUUAGGGGUUAGGUUUAGGGUUAGGGUUACAAUUAGGGUUAGGGUAUGGACAUCACAUGUUGAACACGGAACGAGGGCGGAACGAGGGAGAGCUCGGUUUGUUGUUUUGAAAGUUUUGAAAGUCUCUGAAAAAGUGUUCUAUUGAAAAAGUUUGGUUACUAGCUACCUUUUGAAUUUGGAUCCCGCGACGCUGGUAGCCUCAGUUGCUGGGACCACUAUAUCUGUCCAGGGAUCCAGCCAACCAAAAGUUUGAAGAGCUGCUUGGCAUAGCAAGAUUUCCUUGACAGCUUGAACACAGCCUGCGAUGCGGUUAGCCCUUGUGGCUAGGACUGAGGAUUGUCCCGGGCCUGAGGCUGUCUAAAUCCCUGGUGUUUGUUGCUGUUUAAAUCUGCCCUGCGACCGGCCCUGUCUGAAACUGCAUGGAGUACCAGCGUUUGCCUACAUUACUAUCAUGGCAUCCAAAGCCAAAGGUGGGAGUAAUGGAGAGGACAGUGUUUCUCUAUCACAGGUGAAUGAUCUUUUAAAUGAACAAAAAUGAUUUUACAAGCAGUUGUUACAACAACAGGAAAAUAGCUUCAAGAGCUUUUUCCAGAUACUGAUGGACUCAACUAACGAAAGAAUGGAUGAUCUGACCAGAGAGGUCCAGAACUGUAAGAACAAUUUGCAGUUCUCCCAGGGAGAGGUGUAUGUCCUGAAAGAGACUUGCAGCAAGAUGACAACAAACUGUAAGUCCUCUCGAGAUGAAUCAUUAUUAACAAUGACUGGGAAAACAGACUAUUUAUGGGGACAAUCCAGGAGGAAUACCAUUGUUGUGGAUGGCAUACCAGAGUCUUCACAAGAGAACUGGAUCGAGUCUGAGGAGAAAGUAUGAAAAAUUAUCACUGAAAAGCUACAGAUUUAUCAUACGGAGAUUGAGGUGGAGUACGCCCACAGGUCUGGAAAACAUGUAACUUUAAACGUUUGUAAUCAGCCCAGGUGACAGACCCAGGCUGAUAGUGGUCAAGUUCCUGAGGUUUAAGGACAAGAUGGCUGUUCUGCAGAGAGCCAAGAACUUGAGAGGAACCAACAUAUUCCUCAAAGAGGACUUCUCUGAACCUGUGCGCCAGAGGCGGAAAUAACUUAUCCCAGCUAUGAAAGCUGCCAUACAGCAUGGGAACAUUGCUUACAUCAACUACAACAGGCUCAUUGUCCUCCCUCCCUCCCAAAAGCUUGGGAGGAAUGAGAGAGCCAAGCUUCAGAGCCAGUAGCUUCAGCCCAACAUCACACACACACAUACAGUAUCAGUCAAAAGUUUGGACACACCUACUCAUUCCAGGUUUUUAUUUGUACUAUUUUCUACAUUGUAGAAUAAUAGUGAAGACAUCAAAACUAUGAAAUAACACAUAUGGAAUCAUGUAGUAACCAAAAAAGUGUUAAACAAAUCUAAAUAUUUUAUAUUUGAGAUUCUUCAAAUAGCCACCCUUUGCCUUGAUGACAGCUUUGCACGCUCUUGGCAUUCUCUCAACCAGCUUCACCUGGAAUGCUUUUCCAACAGUCUUAAAGGAGUUCCCACAUAUGCUGAGCACUUGUUGGCUGCUUUUCCUUCACUCUGCCGUCUGACUCAUCCUGAACCAUCUCAAUUGGGUUGAGGUUGGGGGAUUGUGGAGGCCAGGUCAUCUGAUGCAGCACUCCAUCACUCUCCUUCUUGGUAAAAUAGCCCUUACACAGCCUGGAGAUGUGUUGGGUCAUUGUCCUGUUGAAAAACAAAUGAUAGUCCCACUAAGCCCAAACCAUAUGGGAUGGCGUUGUCACGCCCUGGCUCUGGGGACUCUUGUAUGUUGAGCCAGGGUGUUAGUUUCUUUGUGUAGUGUCUAUGUUUCAUUUUCUAUGUUCACGAUCUAGUUUAAGUGUUUCUAUGUUGGCCGGGGUGGUUCCCAAUUAGAGACAGCUGUGUCUUGUUGUCUCUGAUUGGGAACCAUACUUAGGCAGCCUGUUGUGCACUUGUCUUUUGUGGGAUCUUGUUCCGUGUUGGUUUGUGUUGUUAACCGAGGACUUCACGUUUCGUUUGGUUGUUUUGUAUUUUGUAUCGUGUUGCCAGUACACUAUUAAAAAGAUGUACGCAUAUCACGCUGCGCCUUGGUCCAAUCAUUAUGACAAACGUGACAGGCGUAUCGCUGCAGAAUGCUGUGGUAGCCAUGCUGGUUAAGUGUGCCUUGAAUUCUAAAUAAAUCACAGAAACUGUUGAGCGUGAAAAACCCAGCAAGGCUUUAAAAUCCUUCUUUAACCUGUCUCCUACCCUUCAUCUACACUGAUUGAAGUGGAUUUAACAAGUGACAUCAAUAAGGGAUCAUAGCCUUCACCUGGAUUCACAUAGUCAGUCUAUGUCAUGGAAAGAGCUCGCAAUGUUCCUAAUGUUUUGUACACUCAGUGUAUGUAGCCUUAGAAAUAAGAUUCAUGCAAUCAAUAACUUGCUAACAUCGGAUAACAUUCAUAUACUGGCCAUCUCUGAAACUCACUUAGAUAAUUUCUUAGAUGAUACAGCAGUAGCAAUAUAGGCUUAUACUGUAACUAUGGAAAAGACGGAAUGCCUAUGGGGGAGGUGUUGCUGUAUACUUUAUGUUCAGAGCCAUAUUCCGGUAAAGCUUAGUGAAGAUCUCAUGUCAAAUGUUCUGGAAGUGUUGUGGUUGCAUGUUCACCUGCCUCAUCUAAAGCCUCUUCUUUUGGGGUGCCGCUAUAGGCCACUAAGUGCUAACAGUCAGUAUUUGGAUAAUAUGUGUGUGUUAUGCUUUAUAAUGUGUGUGAUGUUAACAGAGAGGUCUAUUUUCUGGGUGACCAGAACAUUGGCUGGUUAGCAACUAGCUGUCCUCUCAAGAGGAAGCUUCUAACUGUGACUAAUGCCUGUAAUAUGACCCGGGUUAUCGCUCAACCAACUGGAGUGCAUACCAAUAGUGUUGGAUCUGUGACAUCCAAAGCAAUAUCAGUUUCCAUUGGCUGUAGUGAUCAUAACAUUGUGGCAAUAACAAGGAAAACCAACGUGCCAAAGGUUGGGCCUAAAGUAAUUUAUAAGAGAUCAUACAAAGUCGUUGACAUACUGUAAAUUGAUAAAUGUUGUGACUAAACUUCACAAAAAGAAGAAAUGAUAUCACCAACCAAAGAUAAUUGACAUAAAAUUCAAUGGAAAAAUACUUUGGAGUACCUUAAAUUAUUUCAUGGGCAGAAACCCAAUACAUCUCCAUUGUUCAUUGAAGUUGAUGGGUAAUUUAUAACAAAACCUUUCGAUAUUGACAAUCAUUUCAAUGACUAUUUCACUAGUAAAGUGGAAAAACUCAGAAGUGAAAUGACAACAUUGAACAGUGAACCAUCAUAUUUUUGUAUAAAAGAUCUAAUAAUGAAAGCGAAGGAUUGCUUUUUUGAAUUUGGUCAAGUUAUUGUGGGAGAGGUGGAAAAAGUCAUAUUGACAACGUUGUUGUGAAGAUGGGGAGGGGUAUGUCUGUUAUAAAAAGAUGUUCUGCGUUUUUGACACAAAUCAACUGUACUAGUUGUUCAGGCUCUGGUCUUGUCCCGUCUUGAUUACUGUCCAGUAAUAUGGUCAAGUGCAGCAAAGAAAGACCUAGCAAAGCUGCAGCUGGAUCAAAACAAAGCAGCACACCUUGCCCUUAACUGAACAUACAGAACUAACAUCAACAACAUGCAUGGCAGUCUUUCCUGGUUCAUGGUUGACGAGAGAUUAACUGCUUCUCUUCUAGUUUUUAUAAGAAAUAUUACUGUGACGAAAAUGCCAGAUUGUCUGCAUAAUCAAAUAACAUUCAGCUCAGACACCCAUACAUACCCUACAAGACAUGCCACCAGGGGUCUCUUCACUGUCCCCAAGUCCAAAACAAAUUGACGGCAAUGCAUAGUUUUAUACAGAGCCAUGAUCGCAUGGAACUCCCUUCCAUCUCCAAUUACUCAAGCAAACAGCAAAAUGAUCUUUAAAAAAUUUAUUAAACAACAACUCAUGGAACUGCAGGGACUAUGAGGGGACAAACACACACACACACAGACACACUCUAACACACACAUCAUUUUUGUUGUAUUGUUUGUAUUAUUUCUUUGUUGUUUUGUUUGUAUAUCAUUGUGUGACUGUCCUCGUCUAUCAGUGUUUUGUUACUUGUCAUGUUUUGUGUUUUUUGUGAACCCCAGGAAGAGUAACUGCUGCUUCUGCAAAAGCUAAUGGGAAUCAAAAUAAACAAAUAGGGUUAGGGUUAGGUUAAGGUUUAGGGUUAUGUUUAGGGUUAGGAAAAUAGGAUUUUGAAUGGGAAUCAAUUGUUUGGUCCCCACAAGGAUAGUAAAACAAACAUGUGUGCACAUGUGUGUGUGUCAUGGUGAAGUCCAGCUGUGCGAGAAUGGUCAGUGUGUGAGAGUGUGCUAAAUGUGUUCUCAUGGGAACAGGGGGCGGUACGGUUAGUAGAGCAGAUCACAGAGCAACACAGCUCAGCCAAUCAGAGCAGGCUUCAGGGCAGAGGACAUACAGGUAUGCUCAAGUGAACAGGUGUUAGACACAGCUGUAUAUCAACACUGCCAACACGACAUGACCGCAUUGUUCCCUGUAAUACACACACGCACACACAUUCCCUCGCAUACAUACUUGCAACUGGACAACAUAAUAAGAGACUGAGGUAUUCUUGUCUGAGAGCAUGGGAACUGGACUGGCUUUCCCACAUACACACACACACAAUUGUAACACUAUCACAGACUCACAUAGCCCAUGCACAGACGAACACACACACUCACACUCAGUGGGUUUGUUUAUUAAUGGGGAGGAUAAAGUGUCCAUUGUUGUUGAGUCAUGGAAGGAACCGCAGCCAGAUGCCCAGAUGGUCCGGCAAUACCAGGGAGGACGAAACACAGAAAAGCAGGGGUUGGGAUUUCCUUAUCCCACUGCAUUAGUUCAUAUGAGGUCCCACUACGCACAUGUUACCACGGCAACGGAUCAAUUAGUCACAUGGAUGUGGCUGAAAGACCAAUUGACAUGGUCAAAUUGACACGGCCAAUCAUCCCAUUUCCUGUGUGUGUGUGUUAGCAGAGAUUUUGGCAGACUCACUAAUGUGUAAAGCAGGAUAUGUCUAUAAUGGGAUGUCUGUCUCAGUGUGUGUUGUGUGUUUGUUUCCCUGUGCUGCAGGUGUGGAGAAUGUGACCAUUCAACUGAACCUGGAAGCUGAGUUCCACUUCACACAUCUCAUCAUGACCUUUAAGGUGGCCACACACACACACACACACACACACACACACACACACACACACACACACACACACUCACAGCUGUGUUCGAGGUAUGUGGAAAAUCGCCCUAGUCUCUUGAGAUGGAUGGGAGAGAGGGCUGCUGUAAAACACUAUACUCAGUACUGCUGGCAUCAGUAUUGAGUCUCUCCAGCUGCCUUUAGAACCCUCAAUGUAUCUCUGUUUCUGUCUCUGGUCUGGACUCUCCUCUCUCUUUCAUUCUUGUUCUCAUUCUCUCUCUUUCUUUCUUUCUGUGUUAUAAUAUUAGGACCCAGAGUUUUCCCUGGUCGGGUCACGUGGUCAAGAAACUAUUCCUUUAUAUUUGUUGAAUUUCUGUGUUACGAAUUAGAAUGAUCUCUUUGAUUGAUAGACGUUCCGUCCGGCCACCAUGGUGAUCGAGCGUUCCAUGGAUUUUGGAAAGAAGUGGCAAGUGUACCGUUACUAUAGCUACGACUGUGAGUCCGCCUUCCCUGGGAUAUCCGUGGGACCAUUGGUCAAAGUGGACGACGUCAUCUGUGACUCCCGCUACUCUGACAUAGAGCCAUCCACAGAGGGAGAGGUGUGCAUCUGUGUGGCCUUUGUGCUUUUGCAAUGGAGGGGGUAGAAUAUGUGGCUCCAGAAUGCUUCAGAGUUAAUCUCUCAUUGGUUUAUAACCUAGUUAACUUUUAUUUUUACAAUCCUUCUCUCCAUCCCCCUCUCCCCCUCUCUAUCAGGUGAUAUUCAGGGUGCUGGACCCAGCGUUUGAGAUUGAAGACCCUUACAGUCCCAGGAUACAGAGUAAGUGCUGUAACUACAGUACAACACCAGGCCAGAGGUGGCAUAUCUCAUUAGCUAAAUACGAUCCAGUUAGUACUGCAACAAACCAUUCUGACUAGUGGCAGUAGUCAAGGCAACACAGCAGGGCAGGGGUUAGAGGUCAGGUUAUCCGGGUACCUCUUAUGGAAUUUCACAUGUAGAAGCUACACACACACACACACAUACACACACACACACACACACACACACCCCUCAGCUUGUGGACUGAGACAGUAGCCAGACUCACACUCUCUCGCGCACACACACACACACACAAACUUUAGGGCCUCAUUCAUACCCAAACUCGCCCAUACUCACACACACACACUUACACAGAGGGCCCCUCAUGUUAAGUAUGUAGUGAAUGUGUGUGUAGGGUGUAUGGAGCCUUCAGAAGGAGGAUCCCACAUCUUUAGGGUCAGAGGUCGUAGAGACGAGCUUGGAGAAGAUCCAGAACCUAAUAUAAAGACACAGUAACCUAUAGAAACAUUCCUAUAACGUACCACUGCUGUUUUAGAUGGGCCAUUACAUUAGAAUGGUAAUACGUGUGCAUUUAUCCUGAUUCUUUGUGUAUGUGUCUCCAUAUGUGUGUGUAGACAUGCUGAAGAUCACUAACCUGCGUGUCCAGUUUACUAAGCUCCACACACUGGGUGACAACCUGCUGGACUCCAGAGACGAGGUCACAGAGAAAUACUACUACUCCCUCUUUGACAUGGUCGUCCGCGGCAACUGCUUCUGCUACGGACAUGCUUCUAAAUGUGCCCCUGUAGAUGGGAUACAUGUAAGCACAGAGGGCAUGGUGAGUGAAACAUAGACGCACACACACGCGAUACAUCAUACACACACAACAUACACACAUUCUCCUAACAGGUUGUGUGACCGUUAAGAGGGAAAUGGCUCAAGUAGUAGUUUUUCUCAAGUAUUUGGUACUAGCGCCUCUAACACUAGUGUUUCUCUCUCUCGCUCUCUCUGUGUGUGUUUGUGUGUGUUUAUGUGUGUUUGUUUGUGUGUGUGUAUCCAGGUCCAUGGUCACUGUAUGUGUAACCACAACACAGAAGGUCUGAACUGUGAGCACUGUAAGGACUUCUACAAUGACCUGCCCUGGAGGCCUGCAGAGGGACGCAACACCAAUGCCUGCAAGAGUGAGAUACUUACACACACACACACACACACUGAUCACACUGUGCCAGAUAUAUCAGACAAUAUGGGGGUGUUGUGGUGGUUGAUGGAAUCCAUAUAUGUUGACACUCGUUCAUUUUGAUACAUGUAUUUGUGUAGUUUUACUUGAGCUAAAGCAACCACAAGGCUCCCACUCUCUCUCCGUUUGUGGGUGUUGUUUUGAGACUUCCUUAUUCAAAGAACCUUGCAGAGGGAUGUACAGAAGAGGAUCUGUACAGUAUGUUCUAUACAGCAUAUUUCUAUCAGGACCACGCCAUGGUCAUAGAAGGAGACAUGCCACCCUGAUCUGAUAGAGGCAACAUCCAUAAUAACUUUCAAAUACAGUGCUUUUACUCCACCACAGUAUUGAAAGCUGCAGCAGCUGCACUUUAUAUAGAAUUUUCUUUUGAACUGCAUUUAUUUGUCUUGACACAUGAACUACCAUUUACCAUUCUCUCUAAUGGACAUAAACAUUCAGUAACCUUCAUUGUAAAUGUACAUAAUAUCCUGGCCUGAUACCCUGGCCUUCAGGCAGUUUUCCUUUCUAUCUAUUGCAUCAUAUUUCAUAGGCUGUUUGAAAAUAUGAUGCAAUAGAUAAGCUGUUAGGCUAUGGUUAAACCCAGCACUCAGAGAAACAAAACACGACUAAGGGAGUGGAAGAAACAAAAAUGCUUUUAAUAAAAGUUCAAUUUGUCCUAGUCCAAAAAACUACUGAAGAAAAGGAACAGAGUGGGCUAGUCGGCUCCGGAGGAAGGAGAGGCUGAGGCAGGCAGGCAGGCAGGCAGGCAGGCAGGCAGGAAGGUUGGGAGGUAUGUCUGAACUGAAGACAAAACAAACGACAGGUUAAGGAGAGUAAAGAGCCAGGCUGAAGACGAAGACAAUUUAACUCUACUGGUGAGCCAAGUUACCGCUCUAGUAAGAACAACGAUCUGGCGCCGGUGGAGAGCCAUGCCCAGGAAUUAGUAGUGCAGGUUGAUGAGAGAAUAGGAUGCAGCUGCGUAGGCAGGAAUCACUGGAAACAACCCGCAGCUGCACAGGAGAGGCAGAUCCUGAGCACGCCCCCCGAUCCACUCCAGACACACACCGGCAGACGCACCAACAUAAUGGGGACAAACACACAUACAGAUACAACAGACAAAGAGGGGACAAAACAAGGAGGAAGGGAAACAGAAAAGGGAGAGACAAGCUUCCCACAUAACAGUACCCCCCCCUCAAUGGUCGCCACCUGGCGACCCACCAGGCCUGUCAGGGUUGUCGUGAUGGAAGUCCGUGAUCAGCUGAGGAUCCAACACAAAACGCUUAGGGACCCAAGACCUCUCCUCAGGUCCAUAACCUUCCCAAUCGACUAGGUAUUGGAGACCCCUACCCCGCCUCCGAGAGUCCAGGAGCCUACUGACGGUGUAGGCCGGAUGGUCGUCAAUGAGGCGAACAGGUGGAGGUGGAUCUGCCGGCGGACACAAAAGGCUGGAGGACACAGGUUUCAGUUGGGAGACGUGGAAAGUAGGGUGUAUCUUCAUGGCUGAAGGCAACUUCAAAUGAACCGCAGCGGGGUUAACGAUGGACUCCCAGGGUGACCAGCAAAACGGGAGGUGUGAAUCCACUGCAACACCUGAGACCGGACCGUCUCGGGAACAAAGAGCAGGUUGGGAGGUCCAUCACCCGGUCCCGGGUCCGUGGCAAGUGCAGUCUUCACAAGAGACUCGAUCUCCCACUGUACUGCCGCCACGACGCAUGAGGAAGGUAGGACUGCCUCAGGCUCGCUGGUCUCCGAAGGGUCAGCAAACUGGCGGGACAAAGCAUCUGGUUUAACAUUUCUUGACCCCGGUCUGUAUGUUAGAAUAAAGUUAAACCUACUAAAAAACAGGGCCCAUCUGGCUUGGCGUGAGUUGAGUCUCUUAGUGGCUUGGAUGUAAGCCAAGUUUUUGUGGUCUGUCCAGACCACAAACGGCAGUUCAGCUCCAUCCAGCCAGUGCCGCCAUUCUUCCAGUGCUAGCUUGACCGCCAGCAGUUCCCGGUUUCCAACGUCGUAAUUCCGUUCUGUGGGUGACAAUUUCUUGGAGAAAAAAGCACAGGGGUGAAGCUUUUGGUCAGUGGGGGAGCGCUGGGAGAGGACUGCUCCCACACCUGAGUCAGACGCGUCCACCUCCACAAUAAACUGCAGAGAGGUAUUGGGGUGUAUCAACACGGGGGAGGUGGAAAACAGUUCCUUCAAAACCCCUACCGCCUGCUUCGCCUCAGGGGACCACAGAAAAGGGACUUUUGGGGAUGUGAGUCUAGUAAGGGGUGCCACCACUUUACUAAAACCCUCAAUGAAUCUACGGUAGAAGUUAGCAAAGCCCAAAAAUUGUUGAAGUUGCUUACGGGUGGUGGGUGUGGGCCAUUCCGUCACUGCCCGGAUCUUCUCGGGGUCCGCCUUCACCUGCCCGCUCUCAAAGAUGAAACCAAGGAACGAUGUAGACUGUUUGUGGAACUCACUUUUCUGCUUUGACGUACAGCUUAUUCUCCAAGAGCCGUUGAAGGACUUGACGGACGUGUGACUCAUGCUCCUCGGGUGACUUGGAAAAAACAAUAAUAUCAUCCAGGUAUACAAAGACAAAACGGUUCAAAAAAUCCCUAAGAACAUCGUUCACCAUGGCUUGGAAUACAGCAGGGGCGUUUGAGAGCCCAAAGGGCAUGACCAAAUACUCAAAAUGCCCCAGUGGAGUGUUGAAAGCGGUUUUCCACUCAUCUCCCUUUCGGAUUCUGACAAGGUGAUAAGCGUUCCUGAGGUCGAGCUUGGAGAAAACUGUGGCGCCAUGCAGAGGUUCAAAAGCUGAGUUGAUGAGUGGAAGGGGAUACUUGUUUUUAACAGUUAUGUUGUUUAAACCCCUGAAAUCGAUACAGGGGCGUAACGACUUGUCUUUCUUUUCAACGAAAAAGAAACCAGCACCCAAAGGAGACGACGAGGGACGGAUUAUGCCCGAGGCCAGAGAAUCACCAAUAUACUGCUCCAUUGCCUCUCUUUCCGGUCGGGACAGAUUGUAUAAGCGACUAGAGGGCAAGGGAGCACCAGGAAGCAGUUCAAUAGGGCAAUCAUAAGGCCUAUGUGGUGGUAGAGACAGAGCCUUGUCCUUACUGAAAACCUCAGCUAAGUCAUGGUAUUCUUUGGGGACAGAUGACAGAUCGGGAGGAGCUGAGGGAUGAGUUGGGUUACACUUAGUGGGGGGAACCGCUGACCUAAGGCACUCUGAAUGGCAGUUAGUGCUCCAACUGAGAAUGGUGUGACGUGUCCAAUCAAUUUGUGGGUUGUGAAGAGCCAACCAGGGGAAGCCAAGGAUUAGGGGGGUAGCUGAGCCAGACCUAACUCUUAACUGAAUGCUUUCACCAUGAUUGCCUGAAAUCACUAGGGAAACGGGGGUGGUUUGAUGAGUUAUCUCCGCGAGGAGGCGCCCAUCAAGGGCUGUGACUCGAAUGGGGGUAGGUAGUGGCUCCACGGGGAUACGAGCUUGUGUAACGAACUGGUGGCUAAUAAAGUUGUCUUCUGCACCUGAGUCUAUGAGAGCUGAGAGUGGCAGGGAAUGACUCUGGAAACGUAAGGUUACAGGUACUUAUAAUCGGGGAAUGAUGGGUUCCGGAUCGAACUCUCGGCUCGCAAGUAGACCCACCGUUACGAGCGAGCCUUGUCUUUUGGUCGCUUAGGGCAUGUAGCCAGAAUGUGUGUGGCGUCUCCACAGUCAGGCACUCACCCGCCUGGAGGCGCCGUUACCGCUCUGCUGGAGGUAGUCGAGCUCAACCCACUUGCAUUGGUUCCUCCUCUGUGCUCGGGAUGGGAUCAGGAACAAGAAGCUGCCGGCUCCGGGGAGGCGAGACUCGAGUGGUUGAAGGCUGGGGAACUCGUCCUCCUAGAUGUGGCCGACCGCCUCUCUCCCGACGCCUCUCCCGCAACCGGUUGUCUAGCUUAAUGGACAGGGAAACGAGAGAAAGUAAAUCAUGUGGCUCGUCACGAGCAGCCAGUUCAUCCUUAAUGGCUUCAUUCAAACCGUUUAGAAAUGCUCCUUGAAGUGCCACAUUGUUCCACUUGGAGUCCGCUGCCCAAGUCCAGAACUCAAUAGAGUACUCAGCCACACUGUUAGAACCCUGCCUCAAAUUAAAAAGUCUCUUGGAGGAAUUACCCACAUGGUCAGGAUGGUCAAAAACAGUCUUCAAUUUAGCAGAAAAAUCAGCAAAAGUCAAUCCAGUCAAAGUUUGAUUUGAGCACACAGCCUCAGCCCAAACCAGAGCUCUCCCUCUUAACAGCCCCAGAACAUAAUGUACCUUAGAGGAAUCAGUAGAAAACGACAGUGGUCUCUGCCGAAAAAUCAAGUCACACUGAAGCAAAAAUCCCAGGCACUUGUCCAAUUCACCAUUGAACGGUUCAGGCGACGUGACAGGGGGUUCCCGAUGGAACGAAGCCUGCAUAAUGUCCGAGGAAACAACUUGGGGUGCAUCAAACUGGGGGUCAGAGAGAGAUGGAGAACUGAUAACAGACAAUUUAGAGACUUGUGUUGUUAACUGAGUCACCUGGUUCAGCAGUUGAUGAUUAUUUUCCAAAAGAGUCCGAAUCAAUUGGUCAUGCUGUCCUAGCAACGUUCCUUGAGCCUGGAUAGCUUGUUGGAAGCUGUCUUUGUUUGCCCCGUGCUGUUUCUCUGUUGGGUCCAGGGCCAGAUCGUUCUGUUAGGCUAUGGUUAAACCCAGCACUCAGAGAAACAAAACACGACUAAGGGAGUGGAAGAAACAAAAAUGCUUUUAAUAAAAGUUCAAUUUGUCCUAGUCCAAAAAACAACUGAAGAAAAGGAACAGAGUGGGCUAGUCGGCUCCGGAGGAAGGAGAGGCUGAGGCAGGCAGGCAGGCAGGCAGGCAGGAAGGAAGGUUGGGAGGUAUGUCUGAACUGAAGACAAAACAAACGACAGGUUAAGGAGAGUAAAGAGCCAGGCUGAAGACAAAGACAAUUUAACUCUACUGGUGAGCCAAGUUACCGCUCUAGUAAGAACAACGAUCUGGCGCCGGUGGAGAGCCAUGCCCAGGAAUUAGUAGUGCAGGUUGAUGAGAGAAUAGGAUGCAGCUGCGUAGGCAGGAAUCACUGGAAACAACCCGCAGCUGCACAGGAGAGGCAGAUCCUGAGCACGCCCCCUGAUCCACUCCAGACACACACCGGCAGACGCACCAACAUAAUGGGGACAAACACACAUACAGAUACAACAGACAAAGAGGGGACAAAACAAGGAGGAAGGGAAACAGAAAAGGGAGAGACAAGCUGCCCACAUAACAUAAGCAGCAGGUGAUGGCUUUAUCAAUGGGUCAUCUAGAGCCGGGUUUCCCAAACUCAGGUUCAUAUUUUGGUUUCUGCCCUAGCACUACACAGCUCAUCAUAAAACAAAUGAAAAUUAUAAAUAUACUCUAAAAAUUAAGAUUUAAAACAUUAGAAAAAAAUUAAUUGUAAAGUGGUUGUCCCACUGGCUAUCAUAAGGUGAAUGCACCAAUUUGUAAGUCGCUCUGGAUAAGAGCGUCUGCUAAAUGACGUAAAUGUAAUGUAAAUGUAUAUAUACAGAGUCUGGAUCAUUCUGUUCCAGAUAUAUAAAAAAUAUUCAACAUCAUUCCGUCCUGUUGGUAGUCUUUUGAAGUGCAAAAUAUGUUUAAACAAAAUAUUCUCUAUUUUUCUCUCUCUCUCUCGGCCCCCCUCGCCCUUCUCCAUCUCUCUAACUCUCUCUCUGUCUCUCUCUCCUUCUCCCAGUGUGCGAGUGUAACUACCACUCCAGGUCAUGUCACUUUGACAUGGCUGUGUAUCUGUCUACGGGGAACGUGAGUGGAGGAGUGUGUAAUGAGUGUCAACACAACACCAUGGGGCGUCAGUGUGAGCAGUGCAGACCCUUCUACUACCAGCACCCCGAAAGACACUUGAGAGACCCCAACAUCUGUGAACGUACGUCAACGUCUGUCUGUGACCUACGACAAGGGCCAGGAGUUUGCUGGCCUCACCGAUGACCUCAGACCUGUCAAGUUUCAACUCUCAACUCUCCCUUUGAUCUCUGUCUCUGAACUUAACAGUCUGAAUUUACUGUUGGAGUCUCUGUUCUCUCUCGCUCCUUCACCUGUCUCCCUCUCCAAUACCCUCCCCAAACUCUUUCUGUUUCUUUCUCCUUCAACUCCCUCUCACCCAUCCUGUCCCCCUACAUUCCUUCUAUGUAUUUUUCUCUCACUCACCUCCCUCCCUCUCUCCCUCUGUCUGUAGCGUGUAGCUGUGACCCGGCGGGCUCCCUGCAGGGUGGGGUGUGUGACGGCAGGACAGACGUGUCUGCUGGUCUGAUAGCAGGACAGUGUCGCUGUAAGGCCAGUGUGGAGGGAGAGCGCUGCGACCACUGUAGACAGGGACACUACGGCCUGGGACAGGGACCAAACGGCUGCCUGCGUGAGUCUAAUACACACACUAACACACACACACGCACAGACGCGCACACACUCACACACUCCUAUCUUCUUGUCUCUCAUUGUUUAUUUGAUAUGUGUGUGUGUUUUUGGCAGAGUGUACCUGUAACCCCCUGGGUACGCUGCCUGGGGGAAGCCCAUGUGACAUGGACACAGGAAACUGCUUCUGCAAACGCCUUGUCACCGGCAGGAACUGUGACCAGUGUCUGGUGAGGGACUUAUCGACCACAUCACUGUGUGUCUGCAGUGUGUGUGUGUGUUUAUUUAUAACUCUGUUCUUUCUUUCCUGCAGCCGCAACACUGGGGGCUGAGUAAUGACAUGGACGGCUGCAGACCAUGUGACUGCGACCAGGGCGGAGCCGUUAACAAUGAGUAUGUUUUAACCAAUCACAUCAUGUCUCUACUCAUAUGAUCUAAUCACAGCACAACUACUCUUCCUAAUUCCACCCCGCCCAAAAUGCAUUGUUGCAGAAUGUAUUUGUAGGUAUUGGAUAUUUACUAACAAUCAGUUUUCCUCAUUCUGUUGCUCUCCCUAUUUAUCUCUCUCCCCUCUAUUGUCCCCCCUGUCUGUCUCUCUUCCUCCCCCUCUCUUUCCCUCCAUCUCUAGUUGUUCUCCAAUAUCAGGCCAGUGUCAGUGUAGAGGACACAUGUAUGGGAGGCGUUGUGACCAGGUGGAGUCAGGAUUCUACUUCAUCGCCCUGGACCACUACACCUAUGAGGCUGAGGACGCCAAGCACGGCCCUGUGAGUGUGUGUGUUGACCUCUCGCUUUCAAUCUCUCUGUCUCUGUCUUUCUAAAUCUGUCAUAUCUCUCUUUCUCUCUCCCUCCCUCCCUCUCAGGGUGUGACAGUGGUUCCCAGGCCCUAUCCUCUGGACCGUAGUCCUACCUGGACAGGGGCAGGGUUUGUCAAUGUACCUGAGGGAGCCCACCUGGAGUUCCACAUCAACAACAUACCUGACUCCAUGGACUACGACAUGCUGAUCCGCUAUGAACCACAGGUAAAACACACACACACACACACACACACACAAACACACACACACACACGGACAUAUACACACACACGUAUAUGAACAUGCAAACACACACACAUACACACAGACUAACACACAGUUUUCUCUACUGUCUGCAACGUGUGAUAUUGUGUGUCUGAUGUGUGGUGCAUGUGUUGCUGUAGUUCCCGGAGCAGUGGGAGCAGGUGGAGAUCAGAGUGAUACGUCCUUACUCAAAGAGAGUGGGACAGCCAGUCAGUCCAUGUGAAAACACGCUACCAGGAGGAGAUCAGCAGUCGGUGUCUCUUCCUCCAGGAUCCAGGUAGGUACCCAAGUGACACACAUCUCCUAGUCCCUACAAUACACCCCUACCUCCACCUUCAUACACCAACUUUACACACACAAACACACACCCACACACCACCUCUACCGUUCCAACCAUACACCUUACUCUCCUCUGUGUGUGUGUCAGACAUGUGGUGCUCCCGAGGCCUGUGUGUCUGGAGAAGGGGCUGAACUACACAAUGCGUCUCAGUCUGCGUCUCUACUCCUCUCUCAGUGACGUCCAAAGCCCCUACACACUCAUCGACUCCGUAAGUAACAGUUACAAACCACGCUCCAUACAUUCUGAUAAACUGUAGUUUCCAGUAACAGACACAGACACACACGAGUCAGUAUGGAAAACAUCCCUACAGUAGUCAUGAUAUUGUCAAUGUAGUGUGGAAUAACAGACUUGUAGUAUCUCUAAGACAAGCCCUCUGUCUUUAUAUAUCUCUUCCUUACUCCCCUCCUCCCCUCUCUCUCCCUCUAGUUGGUGCUGAUUCCGCGGGUGCGUGAGCUGGAGUUGUUUGAGGGUUCUCAGGGUGAGGGGGCGUGGGAUACGUUCCAGAGGUACCGCUGUCUGGAGAGCAGCCAGAGCGUCAUCAAGAGCCCCAUGACAGACAUCUGUAAAGACUACAUCUUCAGCGUGUCUGCCCUGCUACACCAGGGGGCUAUGGGUAGGAGAUUGGGCUGGGGGGACUGUGUGUGUGUAGGGUUCGGUGGAGGGGGGGGGGGGGGGUUGUCUGUAUGUUUGUGUGUGUGUGUGUGUGUGAGUGCAUGUUUAUCAUUAGUAAACAAUCAUUUUCUUCCUGAAGCAUUCCUUGUACUCAUACAGCAACAACAACAACAGCAACAAUAACUCACAUUGCUGCAUUCCUCUCUCUCUCUCUCCCACAUCUUCCCUCCUCCCUCUUCUCCUCUCCUCUCCCCCCUUUCUCCCUUAUUCUCUGUAGCGUGCCAGUGUGAUUCCCAGGGCUCUCUCAGUGCGGUGUGCGACCCCAGCGGCGGGCAGUGCCAGUGUCGGCCCAACGUGGCGAGCAGGAACUGUGACCGCUGUGCCCCCGCCACCUUCCUGUUCAGCCCCUCAGGAUGCAGGCGUGAGUGACAGACAAGCAUGGGGUCAGGGGUUAGAGGUUAAAGAUCAGGGGGAGAGUUAUGUUAAGACUUGGGUUGAGAUUCCGACUUCAAAAGUGUGGUAUUUUAAAUCCCUUUCUCACUAUUUCUCCCCCCCUAUCUUCUUCCUCUUUUUCCCCUCUCUUCCACCCCUCCUUCCCCUCUCCCUCUCCCUAUUACUCCCUCCCACCCCUCCCUCCCCUCCCUCCUCUCUCCCCAGCCUGUGAGUGUAGUCCUAUGGGCUCUGUAAACGCUUUCUGCCACGAGGCCACAGGUCAGUGUGAGUGUGUACCAGGGGCGUCGGGGCGUCAGUGUGCCCACUGCCUGCCAGGCUACUGGGGCUUCCCUCAAUGCCAGGCCUGCCAGUGCAACGGCAACAGCGACUACUGCCACCCUCAGACUGGGGAGUGCCAGGGCUGCCGAGCCUUCACCACCGGGCACAUGUGUGAAAGGUACUGUGUGAAAUUAUACCAUAUACCACAUUAAAAUAUUAGCUAGCUAAUAAACAGUCAUUAAAACUCGUUUUUCAACCACUCCACAAAUUACUUGUUAACAAACUAUAGUUUUGGCAAGUCGGUUAGGACAUCUACUUUGUGCAUGACACAAGUAAUUAUUCCAACAAUUGUUUACAGACAGAUUAUUUCACUUAUAAUUCACUGUAUCACAAUUCCAGUGGGUCAGAAGUUUACAUACACUAAGUUGACUGUGCCUUUAAACAGCUUAGAAGAUUCCAGGAAAUGAUGUCAUGGCUUUAGAAGACUCUGAUAGGCUAAUUGACAUCAUUUGAAUCAAUUGGAGGUGUACCUGUGGAUGUAUUUAAAGGCCUACCUUCAAACUCAGUGCCUCUUUGCAAAAUAAAUCAGCCAAGACCUCCGAAAAAAAUUUCUAGACCUCCACAAGUCUGGUUCAUCCUUGGGAGCAAUUUCCAAACGCCUGAAGGUACCACGUUCAUCUGUACAAACAAUAGUACGCAACUAUAAACACCAUGGGACCGCGUAGCCAUCAUACCGCUCAGGAAGGAGACGCGUUCUGUCUCCUAGAGGUGACCGUACUUUGGUGCGAAAAGUGCAAAUCAAUCCCAGAACAACAGCAAAGGACCUUGUGAAGAUGCUGGAGGAAACAGGUACAAAAGUAUCUAUAUCCACAGUAAAACGAGACCUAUAUCGACAUAACCUGAAAGGCCGCUCAGCAAGGAAGAAGCCACUGCUCCAAAACCGCCAUAAAAAAGCCAGACUACGGUUUGCAACUGCACAUGGGGACAAAGAUCGUACUUUUUGGAGAAAUGUCCUCUGGUCUGAUUAAACAAAAAUCUAACUGUUUGGCCAUAAUGACCAUCGUUAUGUUUGGAGGAAAAAGGGGAUGCUUGUAAGCCGAAGAACACCAUCCCAACUGUGAAGCACGGGGGUGGCAGCAUCAUGCUGUGGGGGUGUUGUCUCCUGAGUGGCGCAGUGGUCUAAGGCACUGCAUCGCAGUGCUAACUGUGCCACUAGAUCCUGGUUCGAAUCCAGGCUCUGUCGCAGCCGGCCGUGACCGGGAGACUCAUGGGCGGCGCACAAUUGGCCCAGCGUCGUCCAGGGUAGGGGAGGGAAUGGCCGGCAGGGAUGUAGCUCAGUUGAUAGAGCAUGGCUUUUGCAACGCCAGGGUUGUGGGUUCGAUUCCCACGGGGGGCCAGUAUAAAAAAAAUAUGUAUUCACUAACUGUAAGUCGCUCUGGAUAAGAGCGUCUGCUAAAUGACUAAAAUGUAAAUGUAAAAUGUGUUUUGCUGCAGAAGGGACUGGUGCACUUCACAAAAUAGAUGGCAUCAUGAGGAAGGAAAAUUAUGUGGAUAUAUUGAAGCAACAUCUCAAGGCCUACAAACCUGACUCAGUUACACCAGCUCUGUCAGGAGGAAUGGGCCAAAAUUCACCCAACUUAUUGUGGGGAGCUUGUGGAAGGCUACCCAAAACGUUUGACCCAAGUUAAACAAUUUAAAGGCAAUGCUACCAAAUACUAAUUGAGUGUAUGUAAACUUCUGACCCACUGGGAAUGUGAUGAAAGAAAUAAAAGCUGAAAUAAAUAAUUAUUAUUCUGACUAUUAUUCUGACAUUUCACAUUCUUAAAAUAAAGUGGUGAUCCUAACUGACCUAAGACAGGGAAUUUUUACUAGGAUUAAAUGUCAGGAAUUGUGAAAAACUGAGUUUAAAUGUAUUUGGUUAAGGUGUAUGUAAACUUCUGACUUCAACUGUGCCACACACCAAACCACAGUGUAGGGCACAACUGCAUAUUUCACUCUUAUCAGUACCAAGCGUGUUUGUGUGUGUGUAUGGGAGUGUUUUCCGUACCUCUUGUCAUGUCUUAUCCCGUGCCUACAGGUGUCUGGAUGGUUACCAUGGCGACCCAGUGUUGGGUUUGGGGGGUCACUGCCGCCCCUGCAUGUGUCCCGACGGGCCGGGGAGCGGACGCCAGUACGCAGACGGCUGCUACCAGACCGCUAACAACUACCAGCUGGUCUGUAUCUGCAGCCCCGGAUACAGAGGUUAGAUACACACAUAUGCACACUUACAGACAUGCACACUUACACACUUACACCCACCCACACACACACACAUACCGCACACACACACACACACACAUAUGCAUGCGCACAUGCACACACACACCACGUCACACAUUGUUCUCCCAGUCCUAGUACACAUUUCCCCUGUAAUUACAGCGCUAGCAGAAUCCCCUCUGCUCUUGGUCAUAAUGGGCAGGUAGUAACUACAGGGACAGUGAGUGUGUGAGAAACCCCACAGAUACCUCUCUCACUGGAACAGGAGGCCAGUCCACUGCCUGUAACUGUUUACGACUGUUUACGAUUGUUCUACAACUGUUUUAUGAGUGUUUACAACUAUGCCAUGACUGCUCUAUACUAAACACUGCAGCCUAUGGACAGUUCUACUUCCUUACAGAUCUAUAACUGUAGGUGUGUGUGUGUGUGUCUGUGUGUGUAAACAGUUCUGAAUUCACCUUUCCUUCUCUUCCGUAGGAGCCAGGUGUGACGAGUGUGCCCCAGGUCACUAUGGUAACCCCCAGGUGCCCAGCGGGCGCUGUCUGCCCUGCCAGUGUAACGACAACAUCGACCAGCUGGACCCGGGGUCCUGCGACGCUCGCACGGGCGUCUGCCUCAAAUGCCUGCACAAUACCGAGGGCUAUGGCUGCCAGCGCUGCAUGCUGGGUUACUACGGCAACGCCGCCACCCAGAGCUGCAGUAGUGAGUACAAUUAGACAUUGUGUGUAUAUGUACAGUCGUGGUCAAAAGUUUUGAGAAUGACACAAGUAUUGGUCUUCAUAAAGUUUGCUGCUUCAGUGUUUUUAUAUAUUUUUGUCAGAUGUUACUAUGGUAUACUGAAAUAUAAUUACAAGCAUUCCAUAAGUGUCAAAGGCUUUUAUUGACAACUACAUUAAGUUUAUGCAAAGAGUCAAUAUCCGCCCUGGCAUGCUGUCAAUUAAACUUCUGGGCCACAUCCAGAUGGCAGCCCAUUCUUGCAUAAUAAAUGCUUGGAGUUUGUCAGAAUUUGUGGGUUUUUGUUUGUACACCCGCCUCUUGAGGAUCGACCACAAGUUCUCAAUGGGAUUAAGGUCUGGGGAGUUUCCUGGCCAUGGACCCAAAAUGUUGAUGGUCUCAGGAUGCUUUACUGUUGGCAUGACACAGGACUGAUGGUAGCGCUCACCUUUUCUUCUCCGGACAAGCUUUUUUCCAGAUGCCCCAAACAAUCGGAAAGGGGAUUCAUCAGAGAAAAUGACUUUACCCCAGUCCUCAGCAGUCCAAUCCCUGUACCUUUUGCAGAAUAUCAGUCUGUCCCUGAUGUUUUUCCUGGAGAGAAGUGGCUUCCUCGCUGCCCUUCUUGACACCAGGCCAUCCUCCAAAAGUCUUCGCCUCACUGUGCGUGCAGAUGCACUCACACCUGCCUGCUGCCAUUCCUGAGCAAGCUCUGCACUGGUGGUGCCCCGAUCCCGCAGCUGAAUGAAGUUUAGGAGACGGUCCUGGUGCUUGCUGGACUUUCUUGGGCGCCCUGAAGCCUUCUUCACAACAAUUGAACCUCUCUCCUUGAAGUUCUUGAUGAUCCGAUAAAUGGUUGAUUUAGGUGCAAUCUUACUAGCAGCAAUAUCCUUGCCUGUGAAGCCCUUUUGUGCAAAGCAAUGACGACGGCACAUGUUUCCUUGCAGGUAACCAUGGUUAACAGAGGAAGAACAAUGAUUUCAAGCACCAUCCUCCUUUUAAAGCUUCCAGUCUGUUAUUCUAACUCAAUCAGCAUGACAGAGUGAUCUCCAGCCUUGUCCUCGUCAACACUCUCACCUGUGUUAACGAGAGAAUCACUAACAUGAUGUCAGCUGGUCCUUUAGUGGCAGGGCUGAAAUGCAGUGGAAAUGUUUUUUGGGGAUUAAGUUCAUUUUCAUGGCAAAGAGGGACUUUGCAAUUCAUCUGAUCACUCUUCCUAACAUUCUGGCGUAUAUGCAAAUUGCCAUCAUAAAAACUGAGGCAGCAGACUUUGUGAAAAUUAAUAUUUGUGUCAUUUUCCAAACUUUUGACCACGACUGUAGUGUGUGUUAGUGUGUGUGUGUGUGUGUGUAACUGUCUUUCUCUCUCUCUCUAUAGGGUGUAUGUGUUAUUCAGUGGGCACGACGCCGGAGGCGUGUCCAUCCCCGGGGGAGUGUCACUGUGACCUGCAGACUGGCCAGUGUCCCUGCCGGCCUAACGUGAUUGGCCAGAAUUGCGACCGCUGUGCCCCUGAUACGUUCAACAUAGGAAGUGGAAAGGGCUGCCAGACCUGUGACUGUGACCCAACCCACUCCUUUGGGACAUCGUGCAACGAGGUGAGGGCCACAACUGACCUCACCCUUACCCCAUCCUUCCAAAACAAACCCCACACCCCAUGUUGUCACCCAACCCAUCUACACACAGAAAAUUGGCCAGUGUUACCUAGUGUUGAUUUUCAGUGUAAUUCUUUUUUUGUUGAUUCAGGAGUUAAAUGAACUCUGUAAGUGUUAAAUUAACACUCAGUGGUGUAAAAGAACCCCAGUGUUGGUGUAAGUAACCAGAGUUGAACCAAAACCACACCCAUCAUUAUCAUUGUGACGAGUUCUGAGUAUACAAAGAGGCAGGACGCAGACGCAGGAAUGAACAAGGUCAAGGUUUACUUAAACAAAGACAAAUAACAAAGAUCGAGGACACGAAGCUAAACAAUCACACACAACAUAAUAAGGAACAGUCCAGGGCUAAAUAGGGGUGGUGAUGAGAUGAUGAGGUGCAGGUGCGCUGGAAGUGAUUAGGGUGCGUUUGGUUUCCAUUCCGGUGUUGCCGAGGUGGUGCGCUCAGACCGGUGGCUCAGUAGACCGGCGAAUCAGAGCGCCGGAGGGGAGCAACGGGAGGAGACGUGACAAUCAUGUUUCUCAGCAUGCUCUAUUGCAGGUUGAUUUUUAGAAUUGUUUGUUUCAAUAUCUAUGUUUUUGCAUGUGAAUUGAUUAAUUAAUAUUAUGCUACACAAAUAUAAAAAACAUACAUUUUUCUAACCUAAUCCAAUCUGUUACUUGGAUUUAUUGCACCCGUUACUGAAAAGGUCAGGGAUCAUCAACUACAUUUAGCCGCGGGACGAUUUUCUCUUAAGCGGAUGGUCAAGGGGCCCGAACAUAAUUUGUAGACUGCAAGGUAGGUGCUGUGGGAUUAUUUAAGAUACUCUUUGAAGAUGUAGGGUUUCAGAUGUUUUCAGAAGAUGGGCAGGGACUCUGCUGUCCUAUAUUCAGGGGGAAGCUGGUUCCACCAUUGGGAUGCCAGGACAGAGAAGAGCUGGGCUGAGCGGGAGCUUCCCUCCCGUAGGGAUGGGAGGGCCAAGAGACUAGAGGUGGCAGAAUGGAGUACUCGGGUUGGGGUGUAGGGUUUGAGCAUAGCCUGAAGGUAGGGAGGGGCGGUUCCUCUUGCUGCUCCGUAGGCAAGCACCAUGGUCUUGUAGUGGAUGCGAGCUUCGACUGGAAGCCAGUGGAGUGUGCAGAGGAGUGGGGUGACAUGGGAGAACUUGGGAAGGUGUUCAAUCAGGCGGGAUGCGGCGUUCUGGAUAAGUUGCAGCGGUUUGAUGGCACAUGUAACUAGGGCUUGGGCUGAGAGUUUUCCUGAUUAGAAAACACAUACUUUUCCUGGUUGGGAAAAACUAGCUGUCAGCAGGAGUGAUGUGUUUACUGGCUGAGUUCCAUAGAGGAAGGAAGGCUCAGAAUACACUUUGGGGUUACUAAACACACAUUCCACUCAGUGACAGAGAGAGAAACUCCAUCAACCAUUUAUGGGCUAAGAACAGGAGAGAGCUAGACCCAAUAGUAAUUCAUUAUUAUUUUGUAAUACAGACAUGUUUUUUUAUUGUGCUGCAGACACCCUGGACCGUAUUCACAAAUCGUUUCAGAAUAGGAGUGCUGAUAUAGGAUCAGAUUUACUUUUUAGAUCAUACUGAAUAAGAUUAUAUGAACAGAGGGAUCUGAUCCUAGAUCAGCACUCCUACUCUGAGACUCUGUAUACAAUACAGGCCACUGUCCGUUGUACAGUGUGUAGCAAGGAGACCCUCCUCUAACCUAGAGAUGGUACACUGAGUCUACAAAACAUUAUGAACACCUGCUCUUUCCAAGACAUAGGCUGACCAUGUGAAUCCAGGUGAAAGCUAUGAUCCCUUAUUGAUGUCACUUGUUAAAUCCACUUCAAUCAGUGUAGAUGAAUGGGAGGAGACAGGUUAAAGAAGGAUUUUUAAGCCUUGAGACAAUUGAGACAUGGAUUGUGUAUGUGUGCCAUUCAGAGGGUGAAUGGGCAAGACAAAAGAUUUAAGUGCCUUUGAACAGGGUGUGGUAGUAGGUGCCAGGCGCUCCGGGUUUGUGCCAAGAACUGCAAUGCUGCUGGGUUUUUCACACUCAACAGUUUCCUGUGUGUAUCAAGAAUGGUCCACCAAACAAAGGACAUCCAGCCAACUUGACAAAACUGUGGGAAGAAUUGGAGUCAACAUGGGCCAGCAUCCCUGUGGAACGCUUUCAAUACCUUGUAGAGUCCAUGCCCGACGAUUUGAGGCUGUUCUGAUAUUAGGAAGGUGUUCUUAAUGUUUUGUACACUCAGUGUAUAUUGCAUGUUCAUAAUGCUGACGUGUUGUGUUGUCUUGUAUUGUCCUGUGUUGUGUGUUUUCUAGCUGUCGGGGCAGUGCUCAUGCAGGCCAGGUUUCGGGGGAAGAAAAUGCAACGAGUGCCGAGAUAUGUUCUGGGGAGAUCCUGAGGUCAAAUGUCAAGGUAAGUAACUCUCUGGCUGGGAUUAUGAGUAGCAGCAGAAAGUACAAAGUACGUGUGUUGAUUUGUUCCCAUGACUGCCUUAACUUGUGUGCAUCAUGAAGCUGAAACAUGUGCAACAGGGUAUCUAAGUGCGUCAUUGUUUCCUCUCCAAGUGGGUCUCUCUCUGAAUUUACUGGGGUCUGGAGAAACACUCUUAGAGAGGGGUUCUGUGUGUUUUGUCUAUGAGAGUUUGAGUAAACAGUCUCUCAUGGUCUCGUUCUCAUGACCGGUGGUUCCCCUGAGUGACUGGGCUGGAAGCUGGGUUAUAUAUUGUUCUUAGCGUUACAGAGUUUUCUCACAGUGUGUGUGUGUUUGUGUGUGUGUGUGUGUGUGGAUGUCUGUGGAGAUGCUAAAGUGGCUUUCAUGCUUCCGUGUUGUUUUAACAUUGUGUGUUUGCAUGUGUCUGUCUCUGUGUGUUUGUGUGUGUGUGUGUGUGUGUGUGUGUGUGUGUGUGCGCGUACAUAUGUCUGUCCUUGUGUCAGUGUGUGCAUGUGUGUUAGUUGGCUCGAAGUUACUCCUCCCUGUCUACAUCUCUACAUGGUUUAUUGUCUGCUGAACAACUGACUGACAAACAGGCAAGUUUCCAUCAAUCACUGCAUCUGGAGAAAUGUACACUACCGGUCAAAAGCUUUAGAACACCUACUCAUUCAAGGGUUUUUCUUUAUUUUUACUAUUUUCUACAUUGUAGAAUAAUAAUGAAGAUAUCAAAACGAUGAAAUAACACAUAUGGAAUCAUGUAGUAACCAAAAAAGUGUUAAACAAAUCAAUAUACAGUGGGGGGAAAAAGUAUUUAGUCAGCCACCAAUUGUGCAAGUUCUCCCACUUAAAAAGAUGAGAGAGGCCUGUAAUUUUCAUCAUAGGUACACGUCAACUAUGACAGACAAAAUGAGAAUUUUUUUUCUCCAGAAAAUCACAUUGUAGGAUUUUUAAUGAAUUUAUUUGCAAAUUAUGGUGGAAAAUAAGUAUUUGGUCAAUAACAAAAGUUUCUCAAUAUUUGUCAUAUACCCUUUGUUGGCAAUGACACAGGUCAAACGUUUUCUGUAAGUCUUCACAAGGUUUCCACACACUGUCGCUGGUAUUUUGGCCCAUUCCUCCAUGCAGAUCUCCUCUAGAGCAGUGAUGUUUUGGGGCUGUCGCUGGGCAACACAGACUUUCAACUCCCUCCAAAGAUUUUCUAUGGGGUUGAGAUCUGGAGACUGGCUAGGCCACUCCAGGACCUUGAAAUGCUUCUUACGAAGCCACUCCUUCGUUGCCCGGGCGGUGUGUUUGGGAUCAUUGUCAUGCUGAAAGACCCAGCCACGUUUCAUCUUCAAUGCCCUUGCUGAUGGAAGGAGGUUUUCACUCAAAAUCUCACGAUACAUGGCCCCAUUAAUUCUUUCCUUUACACGGAAUUAGUCGUCCUGGUCCCUUUGCAGAAAAACAGCCCCAAAGCAUGAUGUUUCCACCCCCAUGCUUCACAGUAGGUAUGGUGUUCUUUGGGUGCAACUCAGCAUUCUUUGUCCUCCAAACACGACGAGUUGAGUUUUUACCAAAAAGUUCUAUUUUGGUUUCAUCUGACCAUAUGACAUUCUCCCAAUCCUCUUCUGGAUCAUCCAAAUGCACUCUAGCAAACUUCAGACGGGCCUGGAAAUGUACUGGCUUAAGCAGGGGGACACGUCUGACACUGCAGGAUUUGAGUCCCUGGCGGUGUAGUGUGUUACUGAUGGUAGGCUUUGUUACUUUGGUCCCAGCUCUCUGCAUGUCAUUCACUAGGUCCCCCUGUGUGGUUCUGGGAUUUUUGCUCACCGUUCUUGUGAUCAUUUUGACCCCACGGGGUGAGAUCUUGCGUGGAGCCCCAGAUCGAGGGAGAUUAUCAGUGGUUUUGUAUGUCUUCCAUUUCCUAAUAAUUGUUCCCACAGUUGAUUUCUUCAAACCAAGCUGCUUACCUAUUGCAGAUUCAGUCUUCCCAGCCUGGUGCAGGUCUACAAUUUGGUUUCUGGUGUCCUUUGACAGCUCUUUGGUCUUGGCCAUAGUGGAGUUUGGAGUGUGACUGUUUGAGGUUGUGGACAGGUGUCUUUUAUACUGAUAACAAGUUCAAACCGGUGCCAUUAAUACAGGUAACGAGUGGAGGACAGAGGAGCCUCUUAAAGAAGAAGUUACAGGUCUGUGAGAGCCAGAAAUCUUGCUUGUUUGUAGGUGACCAAAUACUUAUUUUCCACCAUAAUUUGCAAAUAAAUUCAUUAAAAAUCCUACAAUGUGAUUUUCUGGAUUCUUUUUUCUCAAUUUGUCUGUCAUAGUUGACGUGUACCUAUGAUGAAAAUUACAGGCCUCUCUCAUAUUUUUAAGUGGGAGAACUUGCACAAUUGGUGGCUGACUAAAUACUUUUUUUCCCCACUGUAUAUUUUAUAUUUGAGAUUCUUCAAAUAGCCACCCUUUGCCUUGAUGACAGCUUUGCACACUCUUGGCAUUCUCUCAACCAGCUUCAUGAGGUAGUCACCUGGAAUGCAUUUCAAUUAACAAGUGUGCCUUCUUAAAAGUUAAUUUGUGGAAUUUCUUUCCUUCUUAAUGCGUUUGAGCCAAUCAGUUGUGUUGUGACGAGGUAGGGGGGUAUACAGAAGAUAGCCCUAUUUGGUAAAAGACCAAGUCCAUAUUAUGGCAAGAACAGCAAAGAGAAACGUCAUCAAGGCAAAGGGUGGCUAUUUGAAAAAUCUCAAAUAUAAAAUAUAUUUUGAUUUGUUUAACACUUUUUUGGCUUACUACAUGAUUCCAUAUGUGUUAUUUCAUAGUUUCGAUGUCUUCGAUUUAUUCUACAAUGUAGAAAAUAGUAAAAAUAAAGAAAAUCCCUUGAAUGAGUAGGUGUUCUACAACUUUUGACCGGUAGUGUAUACCUCAUGUAUACGUGAAGUUUGCACACCCUCAGAGAGACAGUGAAAGAGAGAGAGAGAGGAGAGAGGGUGAGAGGAGAGAGGAGAGAGGGAGGGGAGAGAUUUUGAGAGUGAAAAUCUGGAAAUAACUCCUUGGUUCAUGUGAGAAAUAGGGCCAGAUGUUCCAGAAAUCAGAGGCAUCCUGUCUUCGUCAUGGUCUUAUUCCUGUGGCUCAGGAAUUCCUGCUGCAUUCCCAAACUGCCUGUAAAGUUAGUCGCUGUCCUCACCCUAUCAGCGCUCUGUGUGUAUACUGUAUGCAUGUGUGUGUAUGUGUAUGAGCGUGUGUGUGUGUUGAAAUGAUCUGUUUAGUGUGUUAUCACAUUAUUGGUGGUUUGUUGUGACCAAGUGUUGGUGCUAAACGGUGUGUUAUUGUUAUUGGAUGCUAGUCUGCUAGUUGGCUAUGGUGUCAUAGUUGGCUAGCUGAACAAAGUGGGUUGAGUCUAUUCCUUUAAACAUUGAACCGCUGUGGUUCACAACAAUUCUGAUUUCCAAAGGCGGAAGUUGGGAGAGUUUUUUGUUCGGGUGGUUCAGUGAAACAAUUUUAGUUUCUGAGGUAGAAGUUUUUGGUGAGGGAGGCCCUGCUCUCUCCGCUCCCAGAUGCUUAGUCCAUUUCAUUCCGAUCUCCUCUGCAUUUUUGUAGCCAUUUGCUACAGCCUGUCAACUAUGCCUCUGCCUAUCCCUGUUCUCUCCUCUCUGCACAGGCUACACAAACGCACCACACCGCGUGGCUGCUGCCUCUCCAACCUGGUGGUCCCUGCACGCACCACCCACGUGGAGUUCCAGGUCGCAGGCAGCCUCUGGAACUGCCGUUCUGCUGCCAACAAAGCUGACUUCAUCCCAGCCUAUGCCAACCUCCAGUCCCUCGACUUCCUGGCGCUGACGGAAACAUGGAUCACCACUGAAAACACCGCUACUCCUACUGCUCUCUCCUCGUCUGACCAUGUGUUCUCGCAUACCCCGAGAGCAUCUGGUCAGAGGGGUGGUGGUACAGGAAUCCUCAUCUCUCCCAAGUGGACAUUCUCAAUUUUUCCCCUAACCCAUCUGUCUAUCUCCUCAUUUGAAUUCCAUGCUGUCACAGUCACUAGCCCAUUUAAGCUUAAUAUCCUUGUCAUCUAUCGCCCUCCAGGUUCCCUUGGAGAGUUCAUCAAUGAGCUUGACGCCUUGAUAAGUUCCUUCCCUGAGGAUGGCUCACCCCUCACAGUUUUGGGGGAUUUCAACCUCCCUAUGUCCACAUUUGACUCAUUUCUCUCUGCCUCCUUCUUUCCACUCCUCUCCUCUUUUGACCUCACCCUCUCACCGUCCCCCCCUACUCACAAGGCAGGCAAUACGCUUGACCUCAUCUUCACUAGAUGCUGCUCCUCUACUAAUCUCACUGCAACUCCCCUCCAUGUCUCCGACCACUACUUUGUUUCCUUUUCUCUCUCACUCUCCUCCCACACUACUCACUCUGCCCCUACACAGAUGGUAAUGCGCCGCCGCAACCUUCGCUCUCUCUCUCCCACUACUCUCUCCUCUUCCAUCCUAUCAUCUCUUCCCUCUGCUCAAUCCUUCUCCCUCCAAUCUCCUGAUUCUGCCUCCUCAACCCUCCUCUCCUCCCUUUCUGCAUCCUUUGACUCUCUGUGUCCCCUAUCCUCCCGGCCGGCUCGGUCCUCCCCUCCAGCUCCGUGGCUUGAUGACUCAUUGCGAGCUCACAGAACAGAGCUCCGGGCAGCGGAGCGGAAAUGGAAGAAAACUAAACUCCCUGCCGACCUGGCAUCUUUUCACUCCCUCCUCUCUACAUUUUCUUCAUCUGUUUCUGCUGCUAAGGCCACCUUCUACCACUCUAAAUUCCAAGCAUCUGCCUCUAACCCUAGGAAGCUCUUUGCCACAUUUUCCUCCCUCCUGAAUCCUCCCCCCCCCCCCCCCCCCCUCCUCUCUCUCUGUGGAUGACUUCGUCAACCACUUUGAAAAGAAGGUUGACGACAUCCGAUCCUCGUUUGUUAAGUCUAAUGACACUGCUGGUCCUGCUCACACUGCCCUACCCUAUGCUUUGACUUCUUUCUCCCCUCUCUCUCCAGAUAAAAUCCUGCGACUUGUGACUGCAGGCCGCCCAACAACCUGCCCGCUUGACCCCAUCCCCUCCUCCCUUCUCCAGACCAUCUCCGGUGACCUUCUCCCCUACCUCACCUCGCUGAUCAACUCAUCCUUGACCGCUGGCCAUGUCCCUUCCGUCUUCAAGAGAGCGAGAGUUACUCCCCUUCUCAAAAAACCAACACUCGACCCCACUGAUGUCAACAACUACAGACCAGUAUCCCUUCUUUCUUUUCUUUCCAAAACUAUUGAGCGUGCCGUCUUUAGCCAACUCUCUUGCUAUCUCUCUCAGAAUGACCUUCUUGAUCCAAACCAAUCAGGUUUCAGGACUGGUCAUUCAACUGAGACUGCUCUUCUCUGUGUCACGGAGACUCUCCGCACUGCUAAAGCUAACUCUCUCUCCUCUGCUCUUGUCCUUCUAGACCUGUCUGCUGCCUUUGAUACUGUGAACCAUCAGAUCCUCCUCUCCACCCUCUCCGAGAUGGGCAUCUCCGGCGCGGCUCACUCCUGGAUUGCGUCCUACCUGACCGGUCGCUCCUACCAAGUGGCGUGGCGGGAAGCUGUCUCCGCACCACGUGCUCUCACCACUGGUGUCCCCCAGGGAUCGGUUCUGGGCCCUCUCCUUUUCUCCCUAUACACCAAGUCACUUGGCUCUGUCAUAUCCUCACAUGGCCUUUCCUAUCAUUGCUACGCUGACGAUACACAACUAAUCUUCUCCUUUCCCCCUUCUGAUAACCAGGUGGCGAAUCGCAUCUCUGCAUGUCUGGCAGACAUAUCAGUAUGGAUGACGGAUCACCACCUCAAGCUGAACCCUGGCAAGACGGAGCUGCUCUUCCUCCCGGGGAAGGACUGCCCGUUCCAUGAUCUCGCCAUCACGGUUGACAACUCCGCUGUGUCCUCCUCCCAGAGUGCGAAGAGCCUAGGCGUGACCCUGGACAACACCCUGUCGUUCUCCGCCAACAUCAAGGCGGUGACCCGCUCCUGCAGGUUCAUGCUCUACAACAUUCGGAGAGUGCGACCCUGCCUUACACAGGAAGCGGCGCAGGUCCUGGUCCAGGCACUUGUCAUCUCCCGUCUGGACUACUGCAACUCGCUGUUGGCUGGGCUCCCUGCCUGUGCCAUUAAACCCCUACAACUCAUCCAGAAUGCCGCAGCCCGUCUGGUGUUCAACCUUCCCAAGUUCUCUCACGUCACCCCCCUCCUCCGCACACUCCACUGGCUUCCAGUUGAAGCUCGCAUCCGCUACAAGACCAUGGUGCUUGCCUAUGGAGCAGUGAGGGGAACGGCACCUCUGUACCUUCAGGCUCUGAUCAGUCCCUACACCCAAACGAGGACAUUGCGUUCAUCCACCUCUGGCCUGCUGGCUCCCCUUCCUCUGCGGAAGCAUAGCUCCCGCUCAGCCCAGUCAAAACUGUUCGCUGCUCUGGCACCCCAAUGGUGGAACAAGCUCCCUCACGACGCCAGGACAGCGGAGUCACUCACCACCUUCCGGAGACAUUUGAAACCCCACCUCUUUAAGGAAUACCUGGGAUAGGAUAAAGUAUUCCUUCUAACCCCCCCCCCCCCCCCCCCCCCCCCCCCCCCCCCCCCCCCCCCCCAAAUUGUAAAGUGGUUAUCCCACUGGCUAUAGGGUGAACGCACCAAUUUGUGAGUCGCUCUGGCUAAGAGCGUCUGCUAAAUGACGUUAAUGUGCCCUUGAGCAAGGCACUUAACCCUAAUUGCUCCUGUAAGUCGCUCUGGUUAAGAGCGUCUGCUAAAUGACUAAAAUGUAAAAUGUAAAUGUUGAAAGAGAGAGAGUAAGAGAGAGAGAAAGAGAGAAAUUGUUGAUGAUUGACACCAUGGCUGGGUUAAGAGGAUCAUGUCACGGUCUGAUUUAAGAGGUAUGAGGUUAAAGUGACAGGCUUGACAACAACGUCUGUGUGUGUGUGGUAUGAAUUAAGAUGUCACGGUCAUUGGCACAAGCACAACCCGACCACAUGUGUGUGUGAUUGUGAUUAUGGUGUUACCUGUUCAUGACCGCCUUUGUGUAUAGUGGUGGGGUCACUCAUCUUACUGUCAGCAGUACAUGUCAUGUUUAGGUUCACUACCGUAUCAGUAGUGUGUGGUUGUGUUGACAGUGUAACAGUAGGUAUCAGUAGUGUGUGGUUGUGUUGACAGUGUAACAGUAGGUAUCAGUAGUGUGUGGUUGUGUUGACAGUGUAACAGUAGGUAUCAGUAGUGUGUGGUUGUGUUGACAGUGUAACAGUAGGUAUCAGUAGUAUGUGGUUGUGUUGACAGUGUAACAGUAGCGGUUGCAGUCCUAAGCCUGAGCACUCUGGGUUAUGGUGACCAUAAAAGCAGGGUGUUUGUGUGUUUGUGUGUGUGUGUUUUUUUGUGUGUGUGUGUGAGCUGUUCUCAGAUAAAAAGGACUAACUGAGAAUGACUACCCUGGCAGCCGUUGCGGGUGAUUAACUCCAAUAGGAAUUACACAUCACUUUGCAAGCCAGCAUAAUGUGACUUGCAGGCUGUAAAACAAGAGCUUCAGACCACUGUGUUAGGGUGUAACUAGGCCCUCAAAGAAAGGCUUUACGAUAUAUGUAAUGUAUUGUCAUAAAGAGUUCAUUUUACACUGGGAAAUAUGCAAAAAAGGUAGAAUAAAUGUCAAUUUGAAUUGUAUGUUCACUCAACCUAAAAUUCUAAGUUGAGAGAACAUACAAAUCAACUUAAGAAUGUAUGUUUGUUCAGCUACACUCAGCUACAUUGAGUGUACAAAACUCCAAACUUUUGUACUCAGAACAGCCUCAAUUCGUCGGGACUUUACAAGGUGUUGGCUGGAUGUCCUUUGGUUGGUGGACCAUUCUUGAUACAGACUGGAAACUGCUGAGUGUGAAAAACCCAGCAGCGUUGCAGUUCUUGGUACAAACCGGUGCGCCUGGCACCUUUUGUAUUGCCCAUUAACCGUCUGAAUGGCACACAUACACAAUCCAUGUCUCAAUUGUCUCAAGGCUUUAAAAUCCUUCUUUAACCUGUCUCCUCCCCUUCAUCUACACUGAUUGAAGUGGAUUUACAAAGUGACAUCAAUAAGGGAUCAUAGUCAAUCUAUAUUAUGGAAAGAGCAGGUGUUCAUUUGUACACCAAAUGUUGAGCAAAGUCACGAUCCUAUUGCAGCUGGUUGCCUUACAAAUGUACAUUGAAUUAACUUUAAUGGUAUUUUGUUGAGCAAACUCACAAUCCUAUUGCAGCUGGUUGCUUUAUAAUUGUAUGUUGAAUCAUUUUUCUUUUUUUUUGCAUCAAUCACCCUCUUCAAAAGCUCAGGCAACACUAAUGGGAGCUAACCACUUAUAUACACCCUUUCCUAUUCUCCAUUCCCCACAUUCUUUCACUCUGACUUACUCCAUCACUCCAUUCCUCUCCUUCUCCUCUCCUCCACUCUAGAGGUAAGAGGGUUUGUCUCUGAUGUGCUUCAGACUGGGGGGUCAAAAGGGGGAUAGAGUUCAGAGGUCAAGGCUACCUGUGGGCCUAUUUACUCGUAUUGCAGGACUGUUGAGCCGUUAAUAAUAUAGUUUUGCAAUACCUCUGUUUCCGUAGGGGGCUUUUAAAGGGCACAGACCUGUUCUCAUAUUACUAGGAGUUGAUUUCCUUUCCAUCAUCACCACUGUUUUCACCUCAAGUCAACUCUAGGUAUGUGUAUGUGUUUAACCCUUUGCUCUCUUCUCCUCUUCCACUUUCUCUCUCUCUCCCUCCAGCGUGUAACUGUGACCUGCGUGGCAUCGCCAGGGAGCAGUGCCACCGUUCGUCCGGCCAGUGUGUGUGUGUGGAGGGUGUGUCUGGGCCCAGGUGUAACCAGUGUGCCAGGGGGUACCAUGGGGAGUUCCCUGCCUGCGAACGAUGCCACCGGUGCUUCGCCGAGUGGGACCGCGUGGUAGGGGAACUGACCAAUCAGACGCAGCGUUUGAAAGAUCAUGUGACAGAGCUCCAGACCAAUGGGGUGACGGCGCCAUACAAAGACACCGUUAGCAGUCUGGAGAUUAGUGCUAAUGCUAUCAGUGCGAUAGUAGAGAACAACCCUGCUAUACAGAGGAUGGAAGAUGUACAACGGAUGAUGCAGCAGGCCACGUAUGUACACACAAACACGUGCACUUCCACACACACACACAAACACGCACAUGCAUACACACAUUUACGCAUUGACACACACAGCGCCAAGGGUUCUGUUUGUAUGCUUGAUGUUAUGAUCAGUCCAUGUCAACUCUAAUGAAAAUACGAUUGUGUGUGUUUGUGUCUGUAACAGUGAGCUGGUGGCAGACCUGAACGAGAGGCUGAACGUCUCAGAUGAUUCCCUGUCACGUCUCGUUGUCAAUGCCAACGACACUGAGGCCAGUAUAGACACACUGAGAGAGCAAGCCCGAGAGCUGGAGAGAACAGUCAAAGACAUGAGAGACCACAUAAAGACUGUGAAGAACUCUAACAUAGAGGGUGAGAGAGGAGGGAGAGAGGGGUAGAGGGUGAGAGAGGGGGUACAGUAUGCAUGACAUCAUUACUAGUUCUGACACACCCCUGUGCCCUGUGUGUGUGUGUGUCUGUUUUAUUUGUGUAUAUCAGGAGCGAUGGACACCAUCACCGAGGCACACUUGGAGUCUAAGAAGGCGGAGAUCCGUGCCAAUCAGACCACCAGUUACCCCGACAACACUUUGGAACAGUCGGCUACACUACGGCACGAAGCGGAGGCCAGACUGAGCCAGAACCAGGCCGAGUUUGACCUGAGACAACAGAAACACACAGAGAGACUGGAGCGGCUCGCCACAGAGCUCGAAACUCUUGACCUAUCAGAGCUCAGCAAGCAGGUAAGUCUGACCUAUCAGUAGCCAAUUAUCAUCGCACUUCUUCGCCAUACUGCUUUUUUGAUCGGUCCCUGGUUUUCCAGUGCUCUAACCCGAUUGGUGUGUUUUCUCUCUGUGCAGACAUGUGGAGCGGCUGGAGGGAAGGAGGGGUGUGCUGCGUCCCCCUGUGGAGGGGUGGGGUGUGUGUCGGUUGAUGGCACCCAUCGCUGUGGUGGAGAGGGGUGUGAGGGUCUGGUCACACAGACACAAAGCGCUCUGAAAACAGCCAAGGACUUCGACCAGGAAAUCCUGUCCGCCAUGCAGGAAGUGGACAAGCUCUCUAGGAUGGUGGGAACUGUCGUUUUUUACUCUCUGGGACGAAUCCUAACUUGAGAUUCAUGCAUAUAAUAAUAGAGCUGAUGUUCAGUUAUGAUUCAGCCCUUCAUGAAUAUAGUCAGGUCAUCUUACCUUAUCAUCAUAGUUACCAAAGAGCAUAGAAUAUCUGCUUGCUCCGGCACAAGCGUUGAUCUGUUGAGGAGUGUUUACCUUACUGUGUUUGAGUUAACAUGUCCCGUGGCGCCCUCUAGGUGUGGGAGGUGAAGGUGCGUGCAGACGAGGCCAAGCUGAGUGCUCAGGAGGUGCUGCUGAAGUCCAACCAGAGCCGAGAUAGAGUGGAGCACAGCAACGAGCAGCUCCGCAGCCUCAUCAAGGAGAUACGAGACCUACUCACUAGUGAGUAUACAUACAUUUUUCCAAAGAGCAGGCCUCAAUCUUUUAAUGUUCUGUAAAUUAUCACUGAUUCAUAGACAAUCAGGGCUCCAGCUCUUCUUUCCCCAUGUGAGUGAUAGGUAAUGAUUGUGAUUAGAAUGGAUUAGAAUUGAUUGUGAUAUUUCACCUAUGUAUGGUUCUCUGAGUCUAAUUAGCUCCUUUUUCCACGGUGACAGACGACCGUGCCAACGUGGAGGUUAUCGAAGCAGUGUCAAACGAGGUGUUGGCCCUGGAAAUGCCCACGUCGCCCGGGCAGCUGGAGGCCCUGACCCAGGAGAUCAGAGACAGGGUGGGAACCCUCACCAGAGUGGAGGACAUCCUCAGUCAGAGUGCCAACGACAUACACACUGCAAAGAGGCUGCUGGAGCAGGCCCGCACCGCCAGGUAAGAUGCACGCAUGCAUGAAUGCAUGCACACACACACGCACACAAACACAUGCACACAAACACACACACACACACAAACACACUAAUAAAUGCACACACACUUGAACCACAUUGAUAAGACACACGCGCACACAUGCACACACAAAAACAUACAAUCUCCUCUCUCUCUGUCUCUCAGUCAGGAGGCGUCUGAGAUGAAGGAGACAGCUGCCCUGGUGAAGGAGGCUCUGGAAACAACUGAGCACGCUCAGAAUGCUGCCAUCGACACCGUCAAACAGGCCCACAACAACACCAGGGGAACACUUGACCUCAUCACCUCUGUAAGUCACCUCUGACCUCUGACCAGGGCUUCAAUUGUGUCUAAGCACACAGGGGCAAUUCUCUCGAUUGUGGUAUAAGCUUUAUUAUAAACUGGGUGGUUUGAGCUCUGAAUGCUGAUUUGUCAUACCACGGGUAUGACACAUUUAUUUUUACUGCUCUAAUUACAUUGAUUACCAGUUUAUAAUAGCAAUAAGGCACCUCAGGGGUGUGUCGUGCAUAAGAACAGCCCUUAGCCGUGGUAUAUUGGCCAUAUACCACAUGUUUUUAGGGUUUUCAGCCUAUGCAUUGUAGAGAGAGCAAUUUUGGAGAUUUGUAGAAAUGCACAUCCCAUACAAGGUCUCUAAAAGUGUGUAUUGUGUGAUGUGUGUGCUUGCAUCUGUGUGUGCAUGCUUAGAUGUGUGUUUGCGUGUGUGUGUGUGUGUGUGUGUGUGGGGGGGGGGGGGGGUUGGUUCUUCUAUCCUUGUUGGGAUGUAAAAUCCCCAAAAGUCCCCACAAGGAUAGUAAAACAAGGAAAAUUCCCACGUCCCCAUGAGGACAAAGGGUAUUUUAAGCUUAAGGGUUAGGUUUAGGGUUAGGAUUAGGAGCUGGGUUUAGGUUAGGGUUACAGGUUAGGGUUAGGGGUAAGAUUAGGGUUAGGCUUGUGGUAAGGGUUAGGGUUAGGUUUAGGGAAAAUAUGAUUUUGAAUGGAAAUUCAUUUUAGGUCCCCACGAGGAUAGAAGAGCAAUACAUGUGUGUGUGUGUUUGCGUCUGUGUAUGAAUACAUGCUAAUAUGUGUUUGUGUGUUUAUAGGUGGAGUCGGAGACGGCGGAGUCGGAGCUGCGUCUGAGUAACGCCACACUGCGUCUGCUGCAGCUGGAAAGAGACGUAACUGUGCUGAGAGAGAGCAGCCAGGGCACCAGCAACCGCACACAGCACACUGAGAGACUGUCUGAGACCGCCAGGCAGGACGCAGAGCAGGCCCAGCAGGUACACACACACACACACACGCACACACACAGCCCAGCAUUCUAGCUGCCAAUUAAAUUGUUACCCAUUCUCAAUGUGUUUUCUGCUUUGUGUGUGUGUUUGUGUGUAGGAGUUUGACUCGGAGGUGAAGGUUAAGUACAGUGUUGUGGAGGGCUUGGUGGUGACGAAGGCAGAGGGCGUGUCCGACGCCAGGAAGAGGGCGGAGCUACUGCAGCAGGAGGCCAAGGAGCUGCUCAUCCAGACCAGCGAAAAACUACAGAGACUCAGUGGUAACACACACAUGCAUGCUCACACACACACACACACACACACACACAAACCAACGCGCUAACACACACAAGCAUGCACGCACAAGCGCACAUUCACGCAUGCAUGCAUAUGCACAAACAAACACACACACUCUCUCUAAUGACACCACUGUGUGUUUCCAGAGUUGGAGAGGUCGUAUGCGGCCAACCAGCGUACUCUGGAGGCCAAGGCAGGUCAGCUGGCCGGGCUGGAGAAAACGGCACGCCAGCUGCUCAAUGACAUCAGCCAGAAAGUCACGGUCUACAGCACCUGUUCUUAG